UUAACCCUUAUCCCAAGUCACAGUUUCUCAAAUGUCAGCAGCCAGUAGCUGUCCUGCUCCUCUCCUGAGUACAUCCGAGAGCCCAAUGGAGAAUUUGGAAGAAAAUCUAAAUAAACUUAAAUUAUUAGAAGCCCCAACCGGUGGUGAUUCUUGUGUAGAUGAUGAAGAUGAAAAAGCUACACUCAAACCUCGAUUUUCUCCUCUUCCAAGAAGACGUAGCUCCGUGUCUUCAGAUGAUGGAGAUAUUGAACCACCAACAUCCAUAGCAAGAAAAGUGUCCUUUGCAGAUGCAUUUGGAUUUGAUCUAGUAUCUGUUAAAGAGUUUGAUACUUGGGAAGUACCAAUUGUGUCUCAAAUCUUCGAAGCAGAAACUGUUCAGGUAGAGGAAUUUAUGUUUAUACCAAGCUUUGUACUACCUUCAGCAGAUGGAAUGAUGGAGAAACUACAAGCAAAAAAAGUACUUCUAGAAUCUGUGGACUUCAUACCAGGGACAACCUGUAUGAAGGGAAUUAUUAGAGUUCUAAAUGUGUCUUAUGAGAAACAAAUAUAUGUGCGUAUGUCACUUGAUGGUUGGCAGAGCUAUUAUGAUCUUUUAGCAGAGUAUAUUCCAGACUCUUGUACUGGGGACACUGAUCAGUUUUUCUUCAAUAUCUCAGUGGUGGCACCUUAUCAAAAAGAUGGAGCAAAAGUUGAGUUCUGUAUAUGUUAUGACACAGCAAUUGGUACAUUUUGGGAUAACAAUGAUGGACAAAAUUACAUCUUGACAUGCCAAAAGAAAGAACAAAUAAUGUCGCAGUCGGAUAGCUUGUCUGAAGAUCUCGCAGACAGAUUAAAGAAAAGUUGUUUAAAACCAGUAGCAAGGUAAGUCUAAAAGAACCUUACAAACAAGAAACAUUUGUAUUUUAUUUGAAAAUGAUCUAGUAAUAUGCAUAAUAUUUCAUUGUACCACUAAAGGGCUAUAUGGUAUUUUACAUCUGCCUGUUUAAAACCCAGAAGCUUUUUACACACAGUUGCAAUAUCAAUUCAUCCUUAGACUGAAUAAUGUGAUGCAAUCAUUUUCACUGUCUUGUUUAAAUAACACUAUCCUUAAGGCAGUUAGUGUGUCCUGAACAAUACGCAAACAUUCCCCUUGAGUUUACAGCCUUAGAGGUCAAGCCAUUUUAAGGAAGAGCUUCUCAACUAUUUUGCCCUUUAGAUACAUUUAGAUACAACAAUUGGUUAAGAACGUGUGAUGUGAUGUGCUGUAACCCCUGAAGUGCAAGAGAGCCUCAUGCUCAUAAAUCAUUUUUUAAGCUAAUUCAUAUCAAAGGAAUUCUUUCCCAUAAUAAGUGGGAUCUCUCUAUUAAUAAAGUGGUAAUUAAGGAUUGUCAUUUAAUAAAAACAUAUUUUAACACUGAGUACUUUGACAAUUGUACAUGUAAAUUAGGUCUGUUAUUAUAUCCUUAGUGUUCCAAUUAACUUCAAGAGCCACUCAGUUCUGUAUCUGUAAUAUAUUCUUAGCAAUUCUGUUUGAAGUAAAUUUAGGAAGCCAGUUAAUUUACAAUAUUUAAGAAUAAUAAUUUGGAUUUUUUUUUUUUUUUUACUGUUUCAAAGAAUACUUAGUAGGCAAGAAUCUUGAGUUGCUUCAAAUGUAUAAUGACAAUUUAAAAUAUUAUUUAUUAUCUGGAACAAAUAACAUUGUUAACCUGUUAAAAAAGUAAAAAUACCUUUGUCCCUCUCUUAUAUAAAUAUAGCUGAGCUUCUCUUUGUUUCUGGAAAUCUAAGUAGUGCUAGAGGGUUUCUGUUAUGAGAUUGCUUGUGCUUUUCUACAAUAAACCAAUUGUGAGUAUUAUUUACAGCACAUCAGACAGUAGUCUAAAAUAUUUCUGAGUAUAUUUGCCUUGUAAUACUUUUCAGUCCUGCCUUGGAAAACCAAAAAUGCACCCAGACAUGAAAGGAAUUGAAGAUUUCCCAUAAUUCUAUUAUUAUCGUGGUUUAUUUUGUUAUGUUUUUCCCUGGAGAACUAAUGUUGAAAAUAAUAUAACUGACUCGUUUUGCUGGUAUUUAAAUUUCUGCACAACUAAAAAAUGUGUUCAAGAGGAGAGGGCACUAAAAUCAGAUUAUUUGAUUUAACUUACCACUAAAUAACUUCAUUUAAAGGGAGAUUCCAAGCACGCACCCCUGUUAGGUACAAUUUGUAGGUUGGGUAAAAGUUAAGUGGCACUAUAGUCACCUGAACAACUUUUGCUUAAUGAAGCAGUUUUGGUGUAUAGAACAUGCCCCUGCAGCUUCACUGCUCAAUCCUCUGCCAUUUAGAAGUUAAAUCCCUUUGUUUAUGAACCCUAGUCACACCUCCCUGAAUGUGACUUGCACAGCCUUCCAUAAACACUUCCUGUAAAGAGAGCCCUAUUUAGGCUUUCUUUAUUGCAAGUUCUGUUUAAUUAAGAUUUUAUUAUCCUCUGCUAUAUUAAUAGCUUGCUAGACCCUGCAAGAGCCUCCUGUAUGUGAUAAAAGUUCAAUUUAGAGAUUGAGAUACAAUUAUUUAAGGUAAAUUACAUCUGUUUGAAAGUGAAACCAGUUUUUUUUCCAUGCAGGCUCUGUCAAUCAUAGCCAGGUGAGGUGUGGCUAGGGCUGCAUAAACAGAAACAAAGUGAUUUAACUCCUAAAUGACAGUGAAUUGAGCAGUGAAAUUGCAGGGGAAUGAUCUAUACACUAAAACUGCUUUAUUUAGCUAAAGUAAUUUAGGUGACUGUAGUGUUCCUUUAGCCAUGAUAUAUGUUGUGUUAAUUAUUUAUUCGUAUGGUUAUGGUAAAAUAGCACAACGUUUAUUGUGUUCAUCUCUUGAGCCCUUACCACCAGGGUCGGACUGGGAGAAAAAUUCAGCCCAAGCAUUUUUGAAUCACAAUGGUCUAUUGAGCAGGGGGUGGGGACAGAAAGGGUUGUUUUGUCAUCACCAAUUACAAGCUCACCCCCUCUGAAAGUGAGCAUGUUGGUUCAAUGCUCUUCCAGGGCAGAGCCAUGUGUAGAGCCCUGCUAAAGAGCCCUUGAAUGAGAAAAGGCCCUGUAUUUGGUCUGUGCAGUGCAAGCAAAUGUAUUAACAUGCUUGAGCCAUGUUUACUUGUGACUUGCCUCUGGUUUCUCUAUAAGUGGGAUACCAGAGGACAAAAGGGAAAGUGUAUUGUGUAUGUGUUUGGAGCCUGCUUUGUGUGUGUGUAAAGUGAGCUGAUUGUGGUGUGAUGUUUUGUUUAAUAGGUCAGUUUCAGUUGUAUUGUGUUUGUGGUGUAAUAGGGGAUCUAGAGUGUGUAUGUCGGGAAUGUAGUGUGUGUAGAUGGUGCAGUGUGUGCCUAUAGGGGAUCUAGUGUGUGUAUGUGUGUGUAGAGGAUCCACAGUUGUGUGGAAUUUAGUGUGUGUGUAUGGGGGGUGCAGUGAGUGUUUGCGACAGAUGCUAUGUGUGGGGGCUGCAGUAUGUGUUUGAGUGGUACAGUAUGUGUGAAGGAUCCAAGUCCUAGUGGUGAGUAAACUAGCUCCUGGAGCCAGAGUUCACUCUCACGAGAUUGGAGCAUUGCCAUGGUAACCACGGCAAUGCUCCCACCUCGUGAAAGGAAGAACCCGGCAGAGAUGCUGGCCAGAGCUCCUGGGUCUCCCCUCCCCCACAUUGAAGUGUCAUCAGGCCUGUGAGGGAGAUCAUUGAUCUCCCCACCGGCCGGUCAUGGCACACUGCAGGGUCAGCUUAAAUAGUGCCAACUUUCAGGUAAUUGCCCGGUUUGUCCGAUGGCCAUUCCAGGCCUGUUCACCAACAAUAUUUAAUGUUUCCAAUAUAGUUUGAAUAAUACACCUGUAUGUCGCGUGAUCACAAAAAUCUUGAGAUACACCAAAUCGCAAGUAUAUAACAGGUAUGCAGUCCAUACAAAUGUGAACAAAGCAGUCUGUGUCAGGUUUCUUUUACCCUGUGGAAAGAAAAAAGUUAUAUUUCAUAAAUUUUAUGAUAAUUCUACCAUUUCUUUAUUUCCAUUAUGAUAGCAUAAGAAUCUAAGGCUCUGUGUAUAUAAAAAAUAUAUAUAUUCGAUUCAUAUUGACUGCCAUAAUGGUAAAGCUAUGGAGUUGAAAGGUGGCAUGCCACAACUGUUAGCUAAACCCAUCUGCUAAGAUUGAGGGAGUGCUCUGUAUGUGAAUGUGAAUGUAAAUGGGGUGCUGCUUUUGCUGCACCACCCAUUGUAAGAGGACAUACUGGAGAAGACAUAGGUGCUCUUCAGGUUAGAAUAUAUUUUAAUCUAUAGAUUGCACAAUUGCCUUGAAGGUGAACAUGCCAUCUACAUGAUUCAUGAGUUUGAAGUUCUCAUAUUGCUCCUGCACUGUCACACUAGCAAAAUAUGUUUGUUUGUUUGUUUUUAGGAUAUUAUCCUGUAGAUUUGAUUUUGGUUGUGUAAAAUUUCAUUUACUAUAUCAGUCUGCAUCAAGCUGGCUAUUGAGCACAGAUAACACAUUUCUUACAUCACUUAUGGCAUUAAUUCCUUAUAGGAAAACGCCACAAAUUUAAAAGAACACUCUGUGCAUCUCCUCUCUGCCUCUGGGAGACCAUCAGUACCGAUGAUCUGUCAGCUAAUGUGAUAGUUCACAUAGAGAAACAUGGGGGAGGGCAGGGCACAUGCCUGGUACUCACCAUUGCACCUUCAAUCCUUCUAAUACUGAAGUGAGCUGUGCAGAACAGAGACUCUGCUAACACAUUGCAAACAGUAAUUAAAAAACUAUUUGUUGUGUAUCAAUCUUAUUUCAAACAACUACUGUUCCUUAACCCUAUAAAAGUGAAAUUGGCAGUGUCUUUUUCAAUUUAUGACUGUCAAAUUCCAUCAAAAGACACCUUGAAAGAUCUCACCCAAGCAGCUGAACAUGUCAUUAAAACGCUUGUGGUGACAGAGGCAUAUAUAGAGGUAUCUGACCCUUACGAUCCUCGUGUAAUCCUAGUGAGGUACAGGAUGACUCAUAUUUCUGGUGUCACAGAUUUCAUUCUUUGCGUCUCAUUGAUGCCCUAGCAUUUGAUGUCAUACCUGGUGUCUUCACUGAUUCAGAAUGUUAGAACAUCAAAGUAGUAGUUUUGUAGAGUUGCUAUGCAAAAAUUGCCACAUUGUUCACUCCCUGAUUCCACUUCUGUUUUAUAUCUUACCAGGAAGCUGUACUAAGAUCUUAGCAUAGUUCCUUUCACUAAAGACAUGACGUGUAUUUACUGCUAUAGAUGACACAUUGUGUCAGCAGUGGUAAACAAAGCAUGAAAUUUGUUUGGCGCACAGCAGGUUCAGGAUGCAGUGACUGCGUAGCAUUGCCAGGAACUCAUAUUUCUUUCUGGUCUUUUCAACACUGCCAAGAGUUUGGUGGGGACAGUGACAACUGUAUUUUGACCAAUGUCAAUAGCAAUCAGAGGCGAUGAAGUGAGAAAGGAUUCAGAGACGAUUUUGUAAAUUAUUCUUUAGUUACAGGUUUGCUGCACUAGACCAAGCAGCAACUGAGCGUAAUGGGCAGUGAUUUUAAUGAAAUUUACAAACACAAUCAUAAAGUCACAGUGGAGCAGCAUAAAAGUCUUGCGGCCAUUAUAGAUGCAUUGGAAGCUUACUUUGUAGAGUUGAGCGAACCCAAACUGAAAAGUUUGGGUUUGUACCGAACAUUAGGUUUUUUUGGACCCCGGACUCGAACACGAUCAUAUCACUGUAUGUUCGUGUUGGAGUUCUGUGUUCGGCGAUUUAAUGGUGCGUUUUGAAAGGCUGCAGGGCAGCCAAUCAACAAGCGUUUGACUUAUGUGCCCUUAGAAGCCAUCACAGCCAUGCCUACUAAUGGCAUGGCUGUGAUUGGCCAGUGCAGCAUAUGACCCAGCCUCUAUAUAUAAGCUGGAGUCGUGUAGCGCCGCACGCACAUGCGGUCUUAUUAGUGUAGAGAGAGGAUGCUGCCUCUGAUAGGGACAGCUUAGGAAAGAAUUCUGCAAACUAGUACAUUAGUGGGGUGGGGUGCACUUCAUAUCUGAGCAUCAAAUAGAAGCUUCAAAUACCGCGGUUACAUCGGAGUUUUAAAAAUAUAUUUUAUUUGGUGUGAGAUAGUACAUUAGUGGGGUAGUACAUUAGUGGGGUGCACUUCAUAUCUGAGAGUCAAAUAGAAGCGUCAAAUAGUGCGCUUACUGCGCAGUGGUAAACAUUCUUAUUUUCUAGGUGCUAAUCUGCUAAAUAGUAAAUAGUAAAUUUUGGAAUCGUCAAAUACUGCUGUCACAUUGCAGUUUUAAAACUUAAAACAUUUUUGGGUGCUAAAAAGUACAUUAGUGGGGUGCAGUUCAUAUCUGAGAGUCAAAUAGAAGCGUCAAAUACUGCUGUCACAUUGUCGUUUUAAAACUUAAAAAUUUUUUGGGUCCUUAACUACUAAAUAGUAUUUUAGUGGGGUGCACUUCAUAUCUGGGAGUCAAAUAGAAGCGUCAAAUAGUGCGCUUACUGCGCAGUGGUAAACAUUCUUAUUUUCUAGGUGCUAAUCUGCUAAAUAGUAAAUAGUAAAUUUUGGGUCCUGUUCUUCAUAUCUGAGAGUAAAAUCGAAGUGUCUAAUACUGUGGUUACAGUGCAAUUGUAAAAUUCUAAUUGUUUUGGUGCUAAAGUGCUAAAUAGUAUAUUUUGGGGCCUGUUCUUCAUAUCUGAGAGUCAAAUAGAAGUGUCAAAUAGUGCGCUUACUGCGCAGUGGUAAACAUUCUAAUUGUUUUGCUGCUAAUCUGCUGCUUACAUUGCAAUUUUAAAAAGUCAAAUCGAAGCGUGACUUUGAUUCGAAUUUACUACAUCGGUCACUUGUAAUAUUGUUUCACACCUACAACACUUGUUACCCAGAUCUAAGUGAUAGAAAACAGAUUGAUAUUUUCUACACUAGAAACUACCAGAUAACAAGCUGCUAUAUUCAAACCAGUGAUCAAUAGCUAAGAGGUACUUAAACAAUAUUGUAAUUCUGGGGCAAUACCCUCACAAGUCAAACUGAGAGGUCAGUUUAUAGGGAAAACUGUUGCCUGGAGGAAAUUCUAAAACAAUUUCCAAAUGUCCUUUGCAGACUUUAAAUGCUGGAAAAACACAGGUGCCAACUGCUGUGGCUUUCUGCAGUGUACAUACCGGCAAGGAGGGCAGGGUUAAGGAGUGGGUGGAAGAUGAUGUGGAGGAUGAUGAGGUCCUAGACCCCACAUGGAAUCAAGGUCAUGUGAGUGACGUGUGCAGUUUGGAGGAAGAGGCGCUGGUCGCACAGAGGCACCAGCACAGCAUAAUAGGAAGCAGGGUGCAAAAGCGGAGCAGUCGUCCCCUAGCGCUUGUCGGCAUGUAUUAGCUCAUGAAUCACCAUGGUAGGCGCAGAAACUGGCAUUGAAAGUUGAUAUGGAUGACAUCCGCAUGCUAAGUAGUUGCCACGAGGAUGUGCGAUUUGCCCGAGAUUCUCUAGAGUCAACAAAGUUCUUGCGCAACUAUAAUGUCAACAGCUACUCUGCGGAAAAGAGUUGUCUUUUUUAUAUGUCCCAAUAUUUUGGGGGCUACCCCAAUUAAUAUAUAUAUAUAUAUAUAUAUAUAUAUAUAUAUAUAUAUAUAUAUAUAUAAAAACAGUGUUGGCUACCUCAUCCUCAUCCUCCACCACCACGGUCAUGCCUCCUCAACCUGUGGGUCACUUAGUAUAAACUAGGUACACAUUAGCAGAGGCUUGUGAAGGCCUUUUCUCCAUGCAUCAGGAGUUGAGCAUUUAUCCAUGCAUCAGGACUGCUAGAAAUGCACCACAGGCCGCAAAUGUUUCUUUAUUUGUAUGUCCCAAUAUUUUGUUGGCUACCACAAUAAAAAAAACAAAAAAACAUAAAAUACAGUGUUGGCUACCUCAUCCUCCUCCUCCACCGCCACAGUCACCGCCUCCUCAACCUAUGGGUUACUUAGUAUAAACUAGGCAUACAUUAGCAGAGGCUUGUGAAGGCCUCUUCUCCAUGCAUCAGGAGUUGAGCGUUUCUCCAUGCAUCAGCACUGCAAGAAAUGCACCACAGGCCGCAAAUGUUUCUUUUUUUCUAUGUCCCAAUAUUUUGUGGGCUACCACAAUAAAAAAAAAAUACAUAAAAUACAGUGUUGGCUACCUCAUCCUCCUCCUCCACUGCCACGGUCACCGCCUCCUCAACCUAUGGGUCACUUAGUAUAAACUAGGUAAACAUUAGCAGAGGCUUGUGAAGGCCUUUUCUCCAUGCAUCAGGAGUUGAGCAUUUUUCCAUGCAUCAGGACUGCAAGAAAUGCACCGCAGGCUGCAAAUUUUUCUUUAUUUGUAUGUCCCAAUAUUUUGUGGGCUAACGCAAUUUAAAAAAACAAAAAAAUAAAAACAAAUAACAAAAAACAGUGUUGGCUACCUCAUCCUCUUCCUCCACCGCUGCUUCCACCUACACCGCGACAGCCAUGUACACAAUAGCAGAUGCUUGUGAAGGCCUCUUCUCCAUGCAUCAGGAGUUGAGCUCAGUUUGAACAAUGAAAGAGAAUACCCUGCACUCCAACCCUCUCUCAAAUGGAUAAUUCUGUUGAUCCUCCUGACAGCCAUGCUUUAGAUUUUGAUUUAUGUUCGUCCAAAGCUAAAAUCAAAGAUUCCAUCUAGUGGUAUUUUAUGGCUCAGCUGUAUUUUUUAUUUUUAUGUUAUUUUAAGUGAUUUCCCUAUCCACAUUUGUUUGAAGGGCACUUGUCCUACUCUAACCCCCAUUUUACUUGCUUUUGCAGCUCUCUAGCUCUUUCCAGGAACUUUUUAGAGGCAUUUUUGUGGCCAAAAGUUCGGGUCCUCAUUGACUUCAAUGGGGUUUGGGUUCGGGGUCAAGUUCGAGCCCGAACCCAGACUUUUUUUCAAAGUUCGGCCGAACCCGCUGGACCCGAACAUCCAGGUGUCCGCUCAACUCUAUUACUUUGUCAUAUAUAAAACUGCAAACAGAAAGUGAAAGAAUCACUUUGUUACCCUUGGGCGAAAGAACAGUAAAUUCUGAAUAUUUCUGGGGAUGAGCUAAAUAAUGAAACUAUGGUCUAUUAGUGGUCUAUGGCAAGAGAGAGCUCAUGGUGAAGUCUCAACUUGUGAGACUCAGGGGCUGAUCCAGGUUUACAUUGCUACAGAGCUGUAGAAGAUGGACCAUCAAUUGAAUAAUUAAAUAUCAGUACCAAUUGUUUAAUUUUGGUAUUGAUACCUCAGGAUUCCUCCUCCAAAAAAAAACCUCUUCUCUAUUGGGAGUAGAGGCCCUGUGUACUUCGGUAUUAGCGGAUGUUAAAUAAUUACUGUAAAACAACUGCCCCAACUGCAGCUACAAAUUAUGGUUCCUUUUAAAAUCAGCAAGACCUCAACUCAGGUUGGAAAUUAUUAAAUGAAAUAAAUGAACAAGUUGAUGGGUAUAGAUAAAAUGUAUUCAAUCUACUAUGUACCACAAAUUAUACCAGGCAUGUCUGAGCAUGAUGAGUGUAGUCAGCAGCAGACGGGGAAAUAGAUUGUUCAUCAUUAUGUAUUAAGUAACUGUGCUGUUUAAUAGGGUUUCAUAAUGUUUUCCUGUUGGCACAGUUUCCCAAUUUUCUCACCCUAUAAAUGAUAUGUGGUUUGGUGUUACUUUCUUAAAGACAUAUUUUAGGGUUUUUCACUGAAGUGAGUAUUGCUGGGAAUUCAAAGUGAACCUAAAUUUUAAUGACUCAAUAGCCAAACUAAAAACAGAAUUGAAUUGAAGAUUUUUUUUAUGUUGGCCUAAAUGUUGAAAUUCACUUUGAGUUCACUUUGAAUUCCUAGACCUUCAACAUCAUUAACAUAAAAAUAUUGGGGGAGUGUGGGGUCUUAAAAGGGGAACUUAAAUCAUAAGUUGGGAUGAACUGAGCCUCAAAACUUAAAGUGGCAGUCCAAGAUAGUUAGCAGUUUUGGAGCAGAAGACCUUCAGGCACUCAUGAAGUAAGUAUUGAAGAGUAGGGCAUCACAGCAAAGGUUCUUCAGUUUGUAUCUCCAGUGAAGUGCAGAAAGAAGAAUAUCAAUGCUUACACCAGGAGCAAUAAAAUGAAUUCUAUUGGAAUUAGUUUUAAGAUUUUUAGAUUUUUAGACUUAAACAUAAAUUAUAAGCAAUAUGAAGAUUGAAGAUUGAAGAUUAUAAUUUCCAAAGAUUAGGCCAAAUUGGAAAAUUCCCCAACUCAACCAAUUCCCAAAUCAGUGAUUAAUUGCUUAAUGAGAAGACCCUGGUCAACUUUUGACCAUUCCAUAACUCUAUCAGAGAGUAUUUCUAGUCUAUGCAGCUACUACAUCAGUUUUGUUAAAGUUAGGUUUUAAAAAAUAUCAAACAUGGGGGUGGAGCUUGUCUCAUAUAGCCAAGCUAUAUCCCGCAAACCAGGGUUAAUUUUCCAUACACCCAUAAUUGCCUAUAUGCUACUAGGCAUCUACAUUCCCAUGUCAUAUCCGCAAGCACAUAUCUACCCCAUUUCUGGAUUCACCAUACCCUCUCUUAUACAUUUUCUUUAUGAUACAGACCUCUGUUGGAGCUGGACUUAGUUUGAAACAGUUUUGUUAUUUGGAAAAAGAAAAAUAGUGCAUGUCACCACCUUGUACGAAACUUAUUUUUACUCUUCUCUGCUAAAUGUUUACAUAUUGUCUACUAUGUAUGCAGUCAUGAACUACAAAAAUAAAGAAUUAUAAAAAAAAAAUCUAAAUUUUUUUACAUCAUACGUUUUCACUUACAAUGUCUUUGAAAACUAUUUACAGAAAUGAUGUAUUUACCAAAAAACAAUGUUAACUACAACAAAAGAAAAGCACUUGGACCCUGCAAAAAACAGUUGAGUACUAAGAUUUUUGCACGUGCCUCUUCUCAACAAAUUGCAGUGGGUAAAGGAGGAGACACUCACUCAAGGUUCACCAAUGCGACUUUAUUAAAUUAUGUGAAGGUACAUGGGAUUGUUUCAUUUCUUUGGACUUUUCUAGCUAAUUUGAAUUCCGAUUUUAUUUUUUGGGGGGUGUCCUCCAGCACCAUAUAUUGCUUAGGGAAUAAGCAAAGGAAAUGUAGCAUUUAAACAAAUUAAGCAACAAAAGUCAAAUGUGUGCUAAAAUUGCCCUUAGUAAAUGCCCGACAUAGAUUUUUAUUAAUUUAGAGCUUAAUGUAUUCUUAUUAUUUUUCAUUUCUUAAUGUUUGUCUUGAUGUAAAAGUACUUUUGGUUUUAAUUUUUGUGUACACAUUUUUCACAAGUAGUCUUGCAUGGCUAGUAUACCUUAAUGCCAACAACCAUUAACCCCUUAAGGACACAUGACAUGUCAUGAUUCCCUUUUAUUCCAGAAGUUUGGUCCUUAAGGGGUUAAAGCAUUUAUCCUAUAAUACGCAUAUGUUUUGUUAGCUCUCUAUCAAUCUACUUCCUCAUUAGAAGCAUCAAGUCAUCGAUGUUAGGGUCAUAUAGAGUUUCCUAACCAAAGAAAUUUGAGACUACAUUAACCUCUUCACCCUGUUAAUAUGAACCACACACUAUGAAACUAUGAUGAUAGAAGUGUCUGAGUCAUAUUCUUCACCGAUGUCUGCUGGGUUAAAAAUGUUCCCUGGUAUUAAUUUGGAAUUUCUGGAGACUAUUCCUAAAGAAGAAGAUUAAUAAUCUAUGUUAAUAAUAUAAUUUUUGGUAAUCAUAAUGUUAAUGAUACAACUUAAUUUAACAGACCGGAGUGCUUGGGAUAAAUAUUGGAAACAGGAUUACAUAUAUGUCCUUUUCUUGUGUUAUUUUGAUUAAAUCUACUUUGAAAUGUCAUAGAAGUGAUGCAGGGUAUCUUGAUCUGACAAUAAAAUACCUUUGUACAAGCUUAGCAUCGGAAAGAUAAAACUUAUCUAGCUUUGAUAGCAACUGUAAAUAGUACCUGGUUUCUGUCCCUACUUAUAAAAAGGUAGGUUAAUGGAAUAUAUCAUAAGUUAAGAAAAAAAGAGUCAAAUAAACCAAAAUCUAAUAAUUUUCUUUUUUUAAAGUAAUUAUACCUCACAAGUCAGGUGUUUGUUCCAAAUUAAUGUUCAUCUAAUUUGCAGAAAACUCUAAUUAAUUAAGAGAUAAAGCCUUUCCCAAGUUUCUGUGCCGCGGUUAGACAGGGUACUAUAAAAGUUUACAACAGUAGAGGGUCUGUGAAUUAUGUACCAGGAGUGCCCCAGAUUUUUUCAAACUUCGAGAGGGACAAAGUUCAAAGAAUUUGAUUCAUAACUAAUGCAAUGAGCUUUAUGGUGAGGGUGUUUAGAGUAUCCCUUUAAUUGACUGUAUCAAAUGAGAUUGGGAUAAAAUCUCAACAAAAUUAGUUGUGCUGACAUGAACAUUUUUAUAAAUUUGUAACAAAAUAUUUAAAUGAAAUAAAGAUAAUUUUACUUAUUAGGCAAACCUUGAUUCUGAAAGGUAUCUAUAUUUGACAAUAUUUAAUCCAUUCCUUUGAUCCUGUUUGCAGCAUGUUUGUUCCAUUUCUGCAUUGAUUUAUUUCAUCUUGUUUGCUAGCUUAAUUUGAAAUAAGGAAAUCAUUUUAAUGUAUGUUUUCCCGCAUUACUAGUGAUAAUUGCACCAUUGUAUUUACCUUUGUUACAUUUCCAUAACAUGAAAAGUCAAAGUAGUGACAUUGGUAUAACCUCGCCAGCAAAGGGCUAUAUUUUACACCCAGCUCCUAUUCCGAACUGUCACGAGUUGCUUUCUUAUAAUAACUGAUUCCUUGGCAAUGAAAGGAUUUUAGGCUUUGCUGAAACUUGUAUCUCUGUUCUUCUUGACGUAUACAACAAUCUCAUUUAGAGUAUAAGGACGCGCAUUUGUCACCAGACCUUUUAUUUCCAAAUCACUAUUUCUUUUGUUCUAAAAUACCUUUGUUUUCAAUGCAAUAGUUUUUGAGAUCCAACCUUAUAAUGUCCUUGUUUGUACAGUUUAUAUCUAAAGAAUGCAAAGCAGUAUUGUUCAGUAGUGUUCAUAUCCUUGAUUAUUUUAAAAUAAUAUAAUUUACAAUAUAUAUGAUACAAUCUGAAGUGACUCUUAAUUAUACUUAUUAAAAAAACAUUAAAGGUAAUUAUUAUUAUAUUUUUUUAAAGGGACAGCGUAGUCACCAGAACAACUACAGCUUAAUGCAAUUGUUUUAGUGCCUAUAUUAUGCCCAUGCAGGCAUUUUAAUGUAAAUACUACCUUUUCAGAGAAAUGCAGCUCUAUGAGGAGAUGCUGAUUGGUGCAGCGUGGCAUUUUGUGUGUGCACAUUAGCAGUGGUGUACUUGAGGCUGGCAAGGCAUUUGUCUUGGGCAGCACUUUCAGGGGGGUGACAAAAAAAGCCGCCCCCCAAUCGCCCUGGCAAAUGCCUUGCCAGCCUCUUGUCCUGGGGGGCCCAGGAGCUGGCUGGCUGACCACCUCAGGGAUCCACUGGGCUGGCAUGCACAGAUGUUGCGGGUGGCGAGGGAGCACUCUCCCCUGAGCUCUUCCCUGCUCAGCUCCCUUGCGCGCACCACAGUGGUGGCAGAGACGGAAUAUGAUGUCACUCCGGCCCCCGGAAUCACUAAGAGGUGCUAGGGAGCUGAGCAGGAGGAUCAGACCUCCCUCGCUGCCCGCCUCCACCACUCACCUGUCUGCCAGACCUCCUGACCGCCCACCUGCCUGCCAAGCUGCAGCUAGCCCCACUGCACCACAGGGAAAAGUACACUCCAGCACUCCUAAAGGUAGGAGGCUGGGUGGAUUGAAACUUCAUUUUUUUUUAAAUUGUUAGUAUGUUAGUGUGUGUGUGUGUCUGUUGGUGAGUGUUAAUGUGUGUCUGGUAGUAAGUGUGUCUGUUAGUGAGUGUGUCUGUUAGUGAGUGUUAGUGUGUGUCUGCAAGAGUGUGUCUGUCACUGAGAGUGUAUAUGCAUUUGUCAGUGAGUGUGUGAGUAUGUAUGUUUUUCAGUGAUAGUGUGUAUGUGUCUGUCUGUGAAUGCUUAUCUGUCAGUUAGUGUAUAUGUGUGUCUGUCAAUGAAUGUGAGUUGGUGUGUAACUGUUAGUGUAACUGUGAAUGAGUGAGUGUGUAUGUCUGUGAAUGUGUAUGUUUCAGUGAAAGUGUGUGUUGGUUAAACAAUGUGUGUGACAAUGACUGUGUAUCUGUGAGUGUAUGUCAGUGCAUGCAUCAGUGAGGGUGUGUGUCUGUCAGGAAGAGAAAUUUGGAAGGGAGGGUGGAUGCCUGAAUUUUGUCAUGCCUAGGGCAGCACAAAACCAGAAUACACCACUGCACAUUAGCCACCCAAAGCUUUCCUAUGGGAAAGCAUUGGAUUGGCUGAGAUCAUCAGUUCCAAGGAAGAAGAGUGAGGGCAGAGCCAGCGGCGGCAGAACUACGCAGCGCUUAAAUUAAAGGUGAGUUGUCACAGUGUUUAAGAUGGUAAGGGGAGGCUGAUCACUUAAAAUGAAUUUUUAACACUAUAGGGUCAGGAAUAGUGUAUUCCUGACCCUAUAUUGUUCCUUUAAUUAAAAUACAAGCUUGACUGUUUAUAAAACUUUCAGCUCUAUAUUGUUUAUAUAACUAGCAAUAAAUAGCCAUAAAGAAACAAACUUUUUAAAUGGAAACUUGAAACAAAAUAUGAAAAUAUUUUACGUUCCUUUUAAAAAAAACAAGGAAAAAAGCUAUACAUAACAUUCUAUUAGAAGCUAUUUCCUGGAGUCACACAGAUAGAUUGUUUUACACAUUCUAAUGCUGUUAACAUGACAGGUACUGGCAGGUAUCAGUUCAUCAGCCUAGUCAUGUAGAAUCUUAGAACGUGAUUAUUUUUCACUGAUGUUCAUAUUUCCAUUUAAAAGACAAAGUUGCAAUCGUUAUUACUUUAAUGUGAACCUGUCAUUCAAAAAAUGACAUUAUGGCCUUUUACUGAUAAAAAUAUAAUUUAUUGAUUGUGCUAGCUAACUUGCUCAUUUUGAUAGCCAGUGUAUGCAGGGGCAAGCUAACCAGGUGCACAUGGUGUACAGUACCCAGGUGCCCCAGCUCACAUUUCCUGUAUAGGUAGCCAUGAUUAUGAAGUUGUUGCAAAUUUUCACAUUCAGAACUUAAGCUGAAUGUAGCCAGACAUUUGGUUCUACAUCUGUGAGGGUAAAACUCACUUUUAACAAAAUGAAGCUCCAUUUGUCACUUCCCAUCACUAGCACUCCAAUCACUUGCUUCAAAAUUGAAAAACAAUGCACUGAAGCUCUGGAGUGGAAACACAGGAAGAAGUACCAGUCCAAAGUUCUACUUGCUCUUCUACACCAGGGCUACACUGAGCAAUGUUUUGAUGCCAAUGCUAAUGGCAGGGGUGAAAUGGAUAAUAAUUGUGUGUGAGUGAUCAAGUGAGAGAAGUACGAAUCAGUCAGAUCGCCAAAAGAUGUUAGACCACAACUGAGUGUGACAUGAGUGGAACAUCACACACAGAAAAGGGGAGAGACCAAAAUAAGGGGGGAGAUGCAGAGAGAAAAAGACAAAGAUAGGACCCUGUGUGGAAAGAGACAACCAAAUUCAAUAUGAGGGAGGGAUUGGCAAGAAAUAAACUGAAAAGGGGAGGAUGAUGAGUCUAUGUACAUGACUGAAUCUGUACACAUGUCUCUGUGUAUGUGUGUUUCUGUCUGUGUAUGACUUUACCUCUGUAUCUGUCUUUGCACUAGUGUGACUGUAUAUGUGUCUUCAUGUGUCAUGUGUCUGAUGUUGUGUGAGUACAUCUAUAUAUGUGCCUCUCUUGAUUAGUAUGUGUGUAUGCAUGUCUGUGCAUAUAUAUGCGUCUGUCUAUGUGUGAGGGCAUCUAUAUGUGUGUCUACCUAUAAAAAGUACAGUUUUACAGUUGAUAAAUUGUUCUCUAGUAAUACAACACAUAUUUUGACUGGGUAUAUUUAUCAAUAGGCAAAAAAGGAUGAGGAUAAUAUAUUUGUCUUUUUCUGUGAUUGACUUUAUGUGUGUUUGUGUCUCUGGUAUGCAUGAAUGUGUCUCUAUGUAUUUAACAUUGAAUUUCUUUUUAUAUACACGUCUCUAUUUCUUUAUCAAUAUGUAUAAAUCUGUAGUUGCAAGAGUCUGUGUUACUCUGUGCAUGUAUCUCUGAAUUUUGUUUUUUAAGUAAUGCCACAAAAAGCCAAAUGUUAAUAAAUGUAUAUUUCAUAGUAUGUAUAAGUAUCAAUAUCGUGUUUUGGUGCAUUUCAUUCCCUCUGGGGUAGGAAGGAAUGAAGCAAGGCUUGGCAUUGGUAGGAAAGGGAUGGGGAAAAAAAGUGUAUCUAAAGAAAGAAACAAGGUAUAAUUGUGAAAAAGGAAUGGUCACACAAUGGCAUGUCCCAAAAAAAUUGCACCCAGGUAAUACAAACCGUAAACCCAACCCUGAAUGUAUGCAAUUGCUCACCAUAUCAUUCAAUAUUGCAGACUGAGCAUUAUGCAUAAUAAGAAGCUGAGGGGUGAGCAAAGCUAACAAAUGAUUGAUCAGUAUAAAAAGUUCAUGCAAAAAUAUAUUGAUUUAUACAAAAGCAAACAAGGUGUGAUGUCACCUGUAAUUAUGAUGUGAGUAUUUGUGGAAGGAAAUAUAUUAUUUAUUAAUUAUUUAAGAUUUAUGCACAAGUGGGUGAAAAUUCAGAAAAGUGAUAUAUAAAUUUUAUUUUGGGAACAAAUCGGGACGGAAUAAAUUAGUAAACGUGCUAUAUGAAAAUACAGAACAAACUUUUACAAAAUGCAUUCUGUCACACAUAGAUAAUUAUUGCUCGGGAAAAGAAGCUUAACACUUUCAUCAACCCAAAAAACAUGUGUACAGACACAUGUUGUCAAUUCAAAAUGCACAAAUUGAUUGUUGUGUCUGGGAAAAGAUGAUAAAUAAACAAGUAGGAGAGGGUGGCACAGCCUGUGGGGAGAUCAAAGAUCUCCCUCACCAGCCAGAAUAAUUUCAUGCCUAGAGAGUUGGUCGCUUUGGCCAGCCCACACAAGAAGGAGACAUGCCUGCUUGUUUGUCUUCCUGGUGGGCUCCUGAGCUUCUGCAUGAAUUGGAGGAGAGUGGGUGGGGCAUGACAUCACUGACAUAACCCCUGUGCAUCUUCCUCCAUGCAUGUAUGGGAGAGAGAGGGGAUGAAAAAGAAGGCAAUGCAAGCAACAGCAAUUGCCCUUCCCUAAAUGUAUCUGCCCUUCUAACCAUCCAAUCUAGCUAGAGGUCAGUGCCAGCAAUCAGUCUGGUACCUGCCCUGCCAGCAGCAGCCUGUCUUGCCUAGCCCAGGGGCCAGCCACCUGUGCACAUUAAGGUCAGUCUGUCUGCAUGGAUCAGUGUGUGUCUGAAUGGAUCAGUGUGUGUUUGUCUGCAUUGAUUUGUGUGUGUCUGUAUGGAUUAGUGUGUGUCUGCAUGGGUCAGUGUGAGUGUCUGUAUGCAUCAGUGUGUGUCUGCAUGGUUCAGUGUAAGUGUGUAUGUGUCUGCAUGGGUCAGUGUGAGUGUCUGAAUGCAUCAGUGUGUGUCUGCAUGGUUCAGUGUAAGUGUGUAUGUGUCUGCAUGGGUCAGUGUGAGUGUGUCUGCAUAAGAUCAGUCUGCAUUUCUGUAUGGAACAGUGUGUGUCUUCAUUGGUCAGUGUGUGUCUGCAUGGAUCAGAAUGUGCGUCUGCAUGGGUCGCUGUGUAUGUCUACAUGGUCAGUGUGUGUCUGCAUAGGUCAGUGUGAGAGUGUGUUUCUGCAUGGGUCAGUGUGCAUCUGCAUAGGUCAAUAAAUGUACAUGAGUCUUCACAAAGGCCAAAGAUUUCAUUAAAAAAGAAAGACACUACUACUUUUAAAUUGUGGUAGAGUAUUGCCUAAGUGUAUAUAUGUAUAUAUGUAGACAUGCAUUUUAGUAAUUGUGUAUUAUAUUAAUAUGUAUAUGUACUAUAUAUAUAAAUGGAGAGACUGCGGGUUAUUGUUAUUGAGAAAACUGGCCUUGGGGCAGCAAGGAGGGUAAAUUCAAGCCUGAACAAGCAGCAUUACUUUAGAAACAUAGAAACAUAGAAUGUGAUGGCAGAAAAGAACCAUUCGGCCCAUCUAGUCUGCUCAAUUUUCUAAAUACUUUCAUUAAUCCCUGGCCUUAUCUUAUAGUUAGGAUAGCCUUAUGCCUAUCCAACGCAUGCUUAAACUCCUUUACUGUGUUAACCUCUACCACUUCAGCUGGAAGGCUACUCCAUGCAUCCACUACCCUCUCAGUAAAGUAAUACUUCCUGAAAUUAUUUUUAAACCUUUGUUCCUCUAAUUUAAGACUAUGUCCUCUUGUUGUGGUAGUUUUUCUUCUUUUAAAUAUAGUCUCCUCCUUUACUGAGUUGAUUCCCUUUAUGUAUUUAAAUGUUUCUAUCAUAUCCCCCCUGUCUCGUCUUUCCUCCAAGCUAUACAUGUUAAGGUCCUUUAACCUUUCCUGGUAAGUUUUAUCCCACAAUCCAUGAACCAGUUUAGUAGCCCUUCUCUGAACUCUCUCUAACGUAACAAUAUCCUUCUGAAGAUACGGUCUCCAGUACUGUGUACAAUACUCCAAGUGAGGUCUCACCAGUGUUCUGUACAAUGGCAUGAGCACUUCCCUCUUUCUACUGCUAAUACCUCUCCCUAUACAACCAAGCAUUCUGCUAGCAUUUCCUGUUGCUCUAUUACAUUGUCUGCCUACCUUUAAGUCAUCAGAAAUAAUCACCCCUAAAUCCCUUUCCUCAGAUGUUGAGGUUAGGACUUUAUCAAAUAUUCUGCACUCUGCCCUUUGGUUUUAACGUCCAAGAUGCAUUAUCUUGCACUUAUCCAUAUUAAAUGUCAGUUGCCACAAUUCUGACCAUUUUUCUAGUUUACCUAAAUCAUUUGCCAUUUGGCUUAUGCCUCCUGGAACAUCAACCCUGUUACAUAUCUUAGUAUCAUCAGCAAAAAGACAUACGUUACCAUCAAGACCUUCUGCAAUAUGACUAAUAAAAAUAUUAAAGAGAAUGGGUCCAAGUACAGAUCCUUGAGGUAUCCCACUGGUGACAAGUCCAAGCUUUGAAUAUAUUUCAUUGACUACAACCCUCUGUUGCCUGUCAAUAUUGGAAUACAAACGUAAAGAUUGCAGUUUAUUGAUAAGCCUUCUAUGUGCAACAGUGUCAAAAGCCUUACUGAAAUCUAGGUAAGCACCACCCUGAUCUAUAAUUUUAGUUACCCAAUCAAAAAACUCAAUAAGAUUAGUUUGGCAUGAUCUCCCUGAAGUAAACCCAUGUUGUCUCUGAUCUUGAAAUCCAUGUGUUUUUAGAUGGUCAACAAUCCUAUCCUUUAACAGGGUUUCCAUCUCUUUCCCCACUACUGAAGUGAGGCUUACUGGCCUAUAGUUGCCCGACUCCUCCCUAUUACCUUUCUUGUAAAUGGGCACAACAUUCGCUAACUUCCAAUCUUCUGGGACUACUCCUGUUAACAAUGAUUGGUUAAAUAAAUCUGUUAAUGGUUUUGCUAGUACACCACUAAGCUCUUUUAAUAGCUUUGGGUGUAUUCCAUCAGGUCCCAUUGACUUAUUUGUCUUUACUUUUGACAGUUGAAAUAGAACCUCUUCCUCUGUAAACUCACGUGUAAUAAAUGACUCAUUUAUCAUUUUUCUUAACUGAGAUCCCUUUCCUUCAUUUUCAUCUGUAAAUACAGAACAAAAAUAUUCAUUGAGGCAGUCAGCUAGACCUUUAUCCUCUUCUACGUACCUUCCUUCUUUUGUUUUUAAUCUAACUAAUCCUUGGUUUACUUUUCUUUUAAUCUUACUAAUCUAACUAAUCCUUGUUUUACUUUGACAGAAUAUAACAAGGAAUCCAAGUGCAUAAUAACUAACUCACUAAAACUGUUCACUUGUAGCAAAGAUUCCAAUAGUUUGAGAUGAUCAUCAAUACGUGAUGCAUGAAUGAAUUGCUAGCAAAUCAUUAUAUACAACAAGAAAAAAUAUAAAGUAUAGAACAAAUGGAAAAGGAGGUGGUCACCUUGUGUUUCACGCAAGUCAAUAGAAAAUGAUGCCCUACGCAGACACUGACUGACAUGCAUGUUGAUGAUCUGAAGAAGCAAUUUGGAAUCAGCAUUGACUCAAGUUUCAACAUGACCUUAAGGAUUACAGCUAGGACUGUGCUUACCAAUGGCAGGCAGAGAACAGAUGAUCAAGUUAUAAAACCUCAGCAUAAAAGGGAAUCACUUAAAGACCUCAUGCCAAGUAUACGUGUGCUUAUUCAACCUUUGGCUCAGAUACUUCUUGUAUAAACCAUCCUCCUCUUGUUAACUCAUUAUUAUAUCAAUUAUGUAAAUAUAAAUGUUUCUUAAAAGUCAUGUGCGUGUUAAUCUUUUAUAGAAAUACUUGAUGAAUGAAAAGCUUUAGACAUUAUCCAGUAUAUCUUAUUUUUGAAUAUUUCACAUAGGGUCUGAAAUGUUUGUUUUAAAGCAGCCAUUUUUCUCACAUACAGUUAUAUGACAAAAUUAGAUAAAUAAAAUAAAAAAAUAUCUCUCAUAAAGAUAUCUGUAAGCAUACUGAGGGCAUACAUACCAGUAUACCUUACUGAAAGGACAAUAGAAUACAAAAAGAAUGUCUGCAUUUGAGCAUAACACCAACAUUCAGUAAUACACCUAAAUAAUGUUGUUCUAAAAAAAAAAAGGUUAUUUUAAAAAUGUUAUAACAAUCUACAGCAAUCUCUCUAUUGCUAAUAGGAGCUGUCAUUCAUUAGAGAUUUCAGUCACUUCUCAACCUUCCCUGACUGAAUGGGAAUGGUAUGAUCUUGAAGCUUCCUUUAUUUUUUUAUUUAUUAAAUAUUUUACCAGGAAGGAUACAUUGAGAUUUCUCGUUUCCAAAUAUGUCCUGGGCCCACAAACACUGCAUUGUUACAAUACAAUAUUACAAAAAAUAAUACAACAUACUAUAUAUAUAUAUAUAUAUAUAUAUAUAUAUAUAUGUGUGUUGAGGCCGUUUGGCCUGUAUUUGUGGAAAGGGCUGGAAUUAAACCACUCCCCUAUAUAAGGUGCAUCCCUUACCUGUCUCCACACCAUUCAAGGUCAGCUUCUGAAUGCACUUCCGGUUCAUCCAGUCGCCAUUUUGGAAUACUUCUGUGUCCCACAAGGUUUCCAUCGCUGAACAGUGUCCAGGAAUCCUUCUGCAGAUUUCUUUGGAGCAACUACUGCUUACUAUUGCCGCGGAUCACGUCCUAGUGACUACUAAACAGUAAGUAGACCUAACCGUCACGCCAGGCAACAAGGCCCAUGGCAUCAAAUACGGUUCAGGUCCUCACUUACUGUACGUGUUCGGCUAUUUCAGCACUCAAAUAUCGCUAUGUUAUAUCCGUCCGGGUUCAGCUGUUCGCUUACACAGCAUUUUCGUUGCAACGUUCGGUACUUAUAUGACAUAUAAUUAAUCGCUAAUAAUUUUGCAUACAUGCUUACGUUCGUGCGGUCAAACGCACGAACACGCUAUACAAAUACAUGUUACUGAUUCUUCAAUAUAUGCACAAGCUGGUGGACCUGGGGAACAAAUAUGGUGGAUCUGCUUUUUAUGACUACCAUAGGUCUUUUUCCACUAAAGUGUCUGGAGCUCUCUCUCAGUAUGGUACCCGUAUCAACUGGAGCAGAUUAGAUACAGAGCUGUUCUGUAGACACUUCGCAGGUCUCAAAACACCGGCUUGUGCAUCUUGUUCUUCUACCACUCAUACUACCAAUUUCUCACAUGGCAGACGACCGUAAUCAGUCACCUAUCACAAGCUACGCGGGUAGAAACGAGAAAAUCACCAGGGACAAACUGGGUCGUCCUAUCAUUUUCUUUGGUAAAUCGCAAGUGUGCAAUAAUUUAAAUGUGGGCACAUGUAGCUUUAGUGCAUGUAGGUUACUGCAUAUUUGUUCACAUUGUUUUAGGGCACAUGCGCAUACCAUGUGUCCAAAUAAAAUGUAUCCUAAACCGUACCUAACGUCUGUUAACAUUCAUGUUUUUGCAGCACUUUUAACCAAUCACCCUUCCAGACAUAUGGUAAAUUUUCUCAGAGGGGUUUCAUACAGGCAUUAUACAUAUGCCCACAGGCCAACUCGAAUGCCCUAAUUUACAAUCAGCAUAACAAAACCCAGCAGCCAUAGACACACUCCUAGCCCAAGAGCUGGCAGAAGGGUUCCUGUUCGGGCCUUUCAAAACCCCACGUUUUACGGCAUGGCGCACAAAUCCCAUAGGGAUAGUCACGGGGAAAACUUCCCUCAAACAAAGACUCAUAAUAGAUCUGUCAGCCCCUCAUACCUCAUCUACACCGAGUCUGAACUCUCUUAUUCCCUCUGAGGAGUUUUCCCUGCAAUAUGCCACUAUAGACCAUGCUAUUACAGCCAUUAUGCAAGCAGGGAUCGGAGCAUGGCUAAGUAAGACAGACAUUACCAAUGCCUUUAAGCUACUACCUAUCCAUCCCACACUAUGGCACUUACAUGGCAUAAAAUGGGCAGAUAACUAUUACUUUUUCUCCCGCUUAACCUUUGGGUCUAAAAGUAGCCCCAAAAUCUUUGACACUUUUGCGGAAACAUUGUGCUGGUUGUUACUUAAUGUGUCUAGAUGCCCCAUAGUCAUCCAUUAUCUGGAUGAUUUCUUACUGAUUGAAGCAAACUCCCUUCCCCCCAGGAGUCUCAAAGCAACUAUUAGUUUGUUUGACCACCUUGGAGUCCCGGUAUCCAACAAGAAAACCGAAGGCCCAGAUAUAAUUAUUACAUUCCUAGGUAUACAACUAGACUCUGCCUCCAUGCAGGCUAGUUUACCACAAGAAAAAAUCACAAACAUACUUUGCAGCAUUAACCAUUACAUUUUGAUGGGUAAUUGCAACUGCAAGGAACUACAAUCACUCAUAGGUUCUUUGAACUUUGCCAUGCGCAUCAUUCCUCAAGGGCGGGCUUUCAUAUUCAGACUUCUCUGUCUUUUUCCACAUUUCAAACAUGACAACUAUAGACUAUCCUUGGAUGAGCAUGCCACGGCAGACCUAUAUAUGAGGAAAGAAUUCUUGACCACCUGGAAUGGUAAAAGCUUGUUCCUACCAGAAUUGACUGACACGUCUCCAACAAUAUGGUCAGACGCGGCAUCUACCACAGGUUUCGCAGCAAUCUUAGGAAACAAUUGGCUUUGGGGUAAGUGGCCUGCAGAAGUCUUUGACUUAGAAGGCUUUUUUUACAACCUCAGCUCUUUUUGAGAUUUAACCCAUUGUAGCAGCUGCCGUGGCAUGGGGACAUUCAUGGUCAGGCUUAUCAGUCCGUUGCCACACAGACAACCAAGCAACAUGUCACAUCAUUAACAAAGGCCGCUCAUCAUCCUUAACAAUUAUGAGAUUUCUCAGGAAGCUCACGUGGUUAGCAGCACGUCACAAUUUUUACUUGGUCUGCUUUUAUAUACCAGGCAUUUCUAACAUAGCAGCUGACAGUCUGUCUCGUUUCAACUUUCAGGCUUUUCAGCAAGCACUCCCGUCAGCAGCAAUUACAGCCACAGCCACCCCUCUGUUCCAGCAGCUAACCAUGGACUAGAAAUAAUUAUGCAACAUAGCAGGGUUCUGUCCACACUGGCACUAUCAUCCAACACUCACAAAGCGUACAACAGAGCCUUCACACUCUUCACAUGAUUCCUAUCUGACCACAACAUAACGCAUCCUUUCGUCAUGACAUCCAUUAUAGCCUUCGCUUCUUUUUGCCACCUUACAUUACACUUAUCUUACAACACAAUCAAAUUAUACCUGACAGGCAUUCAACAUCACAUGCUCACUCUACAACCCAAUACACAGAGUUUCAUGUCAUCUUAUCAGGUAAAGAAUAUACUUAGAGGUAUUCAGAAAUCCGUCCCUCCACCGCUUCCACAGAGAUUACCUAUAGAUAACAACCUUUUCCAGUUAUUAUCUGACCUGUCAGACUCCAAACCUUUCCACUCUACUGCAGUCAUCAAAACGGCCAUGUACAUAGCUUUCUACGGGUUCCUCAGGCCAAGGGAAUUCACUAAUAUCACCGCCACUCAAAAAGACAGAUGUCUGCUACGCACACACAUACGCAAACACAUGGAUCACUACAUACUGGCAUUACCUCAGUCAAAAACAAGCCAGCACACACCUCCCGUGGAGAUCACCUAUUUUCCUACACACACCAAAUGGUGUCCAGUAGCAACACUGGAUUCCUAUCUUUCACUUACCUCAUCAAUAACAUCGCUACACCUAUUUUCUCUCAAAGGCUCUGUACUCACUACUGCGACUUUCAUGCGAUACAUCAGAUCUCUGUUAACCAGGCUAGGUCUUAACCCUUCACUAUACUCAGGUCACUCCUUCCGCAUAGGGGCGGCUUCCACAGCUUCCAGCGAAAACAUACCGGUACAUAUCAUUAAGUCAUUAGGGCGGUGGAAAUCAUCUGCCUACACAACCUACAUACCGAAACCUACACAAGAUUUAAGAAAGGCUUUUAAAGAAAUGUCUGGUUAAUUGUAUAAAUUGUUGACUGUAUUAAAUCUUUGAUUAUUAAAUUUUUGCCCUCUUUAUUUACAGGCCUACCGUAUCGUCGGUAUCAGCACACCACAACUGACUUUGCUCAUUUAUGCUAUCUUAUGUUCUCACUUGAACCUACUCCAUAUACGGCUAAAUUGGCCUUUACACAAAUAUAUAUAUACAUACACACAUAUAUAAAUCUAAUACAUAGCAAGUAAUAAAAUAGAGUCAACUGCAGUCAUCAAAACGGCCAUGUACAUAGCUUUCUACGGGUUCCUCAGGCCAAGGGAAUUCACUAAUAUCACCGCCACUCAAAAAGACAGAUGUCUGCUACGCACACACAUACGCAAACACAUGGAUCACUACAUACUGGCAUUACCUCAGUCAAAAACAAGCCAGCACACACCUCCCGUGGAGAUCACCUAUUUUCCUACACACACCAAAUGGUGUCCAGUAGCAACACUGGAUUCCUAUCUUUCACUUACCUCAUCAAUAACAUCGCUACACCUAUUUUCUCUCAAAGGCUCUGUACUCACUACUGCGACUUUCAUGCGAUACAUCAGAUCUCUGUUAACCAGGCUAGGUCUUAACCCUUCACUAUACUCAGGUCACUCCUUCCGCAUAGGGGCGGCUUCCACAGCUUCCAGCGAAAACAUACCGGUACAUAUCAUUAAGUCAUUAGGGCGGUGGAAAUCAUCUGCCUACACAACCUACAUACCGAAACCUACACAAGAUUUAAGAAAGGCUUUUAAAGAAAUGUCUGGUUAAUUGUAUAAAUUGUUGACUGUAUUAAAUCUUUGAUUAUUAAAUUUUUGCCCUCUUUAUUUACAGGCCUACCGUAUCGUCGGUAUCAGCACACCACAACUGACUUUGCUCAUUUAUGCUAUCUUAUGUUCUCACUUGAACCUACUCCAUAUACGGCUAAAUUGGCCUUUACACAAAUAUAUAUAUACAUACACACAUAUAUAAAUCUAAUACAUAGCAAGUAAUAAAAUAGAGUCAACUGCAGUCAUCAAAACGGCCAUGUACAUAGCUUUCUACGGGUUCCUCAGGCCAAGGGAAUUCACUAAUAUCACCGCCACUCAAAAAGACAGAUGUCUGCUACGCACACACAUACGCAAACACAUGGAUCACUACAUACUGGCAUUACCUCAGUCAAAAACAAGCCAGCACACACCUCCCGUGGAGAUCACCUAUUUUCCUACACACACCAAAUGGUGUCCAGUAGCAACACUGGAUUCCUAUCUUUCACUUACCUCAUCAAUAACAUCGCUACACCUAUUUUCUCUCAAAGGCUCUGUACUCACUACUGCGACUUUCAUGCGAUACAUCAGAUCUCUGUUAACCAGGCUAGGUCUUAACCCUUCACUAUACUCAGGUCACUCCUUCCGCAUAGGGGCGGCUUCCACAGCUUCCAGCGAAAACAUACCGGUACAUAUCAUUAAGUCAUUAGGGCGGUGGAAAUCAUCUGCCUACACAACCUACAUACCGAAACCUACACAAGAUUUAAGAAAGGCUUUUAAAGAAAUGUCUGGUUAAUUGUAUAAAUUGUUGACUGUAUUAAAUCUUUGAUUAUUCAAUUUUUGCCCUCUUUAUUUACAGGCCUACCGUAUCGUCGGUAUCAGCACACCACAACUGACUUUGCUCAUUUAUGCUAUCUUAUGUUCUCACUUGAACCUACUCCAUAUACGGCUAAAUUGGCCUUUACACAAAUAUAUAUAUACAUACACACAUAUAUAAAUCUAAUACAUAGCAAGUAAUAAAAUAGAGUCAACCAUGACAAGUGUAUUUUUCAGAAACAAUGUAGCCAAUACCAGCAGAGGCAUCAACAGUUAUUAAAUUUACUAUUCCCCAAAAAACUCUGAAUAAUUGUGUUUUAUAAACAUAUUUUGCUUAUGCAGAAAUCUUAUGAGAUUUUUAAAAAGAUUUUGGUUUGGUUUGUGUCUAUUUAUUUGCUUAAUUAAAUCAAGAUAUUCCUUGCUGAUCCUUGAUCAUCAUUUUUUAUUUAAUUUUUUUUGCAUUACAUAUUUGUUCUGGUUCAAAAACGUGUUGUUUCCAUUAAAGUGGCACUGUCACCAACUGACCUCGCCACUGAUGGUCUGGUGGUUGAGGAGCAUGCAAAGGUAAGUUCUACUUACCUGAACCUGUAGAUCGCGGGUGCCACCAUCUUUUUAUCUGCAGAUCCUCUUCAGCAUGCACGAAAGUACAGUAUUGAGGUCUACGGAGGAUCCCUGAGGCCACGUGAUCCUCCAUAGAUUAAGUCAAUUCCUUUCAACUAAGUUCCUUGUAGCCCAAUUCCUUGUGGCUGGGGGAUUGACAUUUCUAGAUGGCGGGAGCUCUGCUCAGUGUCUAGAAGAGUUAAGUGUAGGAAAUACACAGUCCAUACUUUGUCUCAGUAUAUCUCCUGGCUGGGUUAAAAUGUCAAUGAAAUUCCAAACAGUCAAAAUGAUCAUUUCAUAAAGAUUAUAUUUAAAUAAAAACCAGGAUCAAAUUGCGCCGUUUUUGUUUCUGACAAAUAUUUUCUCUCCUCAUAUUGCUGGCUAUGUGGCAUGUAAGCAGCUUUUGGGUCCUUCCGUGUUUUAGUAAAUGUUUUUUUUAUUUCCUAAUUAUUACUUGUUUGUCCUCAAGUUUGUGAUUCUUUUUUAUUAUUAAAUAGUUUUUUGCAGGUCCUUUGCUCAUAAUCAGCGAAUUACUAAAAUCAUAAAAAAUGUACAGAGAAAUUAAAAAGUAAAAUGGAAAAUGUAUUAUUUUGCUCGACUGCAGAAAAGGUGUAAAAAGCAUAAUUCUAUAAAGGGUGGAGAAACAUUUUUAUACAUAAGAAAAUGGUGCACGUGCACAAAACCAUAACAGAAGAAUAUAACAUACUUUAUGAAUAACCUAAUUUCUCUUUAUGAUUAUGAUUCAGAUGAAUAUUGCUUUGUUGCACAAGAAAUCAGACUAUUCCAAAUGGUUCACAUGACUUCUCAUAGUUGAUGUAUAGUUGUCCUUUUUAAAAUGUGUCUUGUUUAUGAAGGAAAUAAUUUAUCAGUCAUUGUUACAAACUGUAAGUGACUGUGGGUAUGUAAAGAUGCAAACGGAUCCUGGGCCUGAUGGCAGCAUAUCUCCCAACAUUUCAAAUGGCCAAAGAGGGGUACUUUAACUUAGGGCUGUGAGUAGGGGGGUGUUUACAGGUAGGUUGUUCUGAGACAUUUUAGGUGGCUAAAUGAUCAUAUAUGCAACUAAAAUGUAAUUCAGAAAAAACAAUGUAUCUUAUUUACACAGAUUUCUAAAUAGAUUUAUUGUAGUUUAAAGAUAAAUUACUGUGAGUAUUAUUGCUGCAGAGCUCUGUUAUACACUCAGACAAUAUGGAGCUCCUAGAAAAGGACAUGGGGGGGGGGGAGGGGAAGACUGACAGAGGGAUCUGGGCACAAAAUAGGGACUAUACCUCACCAGGCCACCAUCAGGGUGAUCGGGGGGGGAAAUAUAUAUAAAAGAAAUAAACAUACAUAUUUAUAGCAAAUAUUGUUAUAUAGAUACAGCUGCAAAGAGGCUAUCCCUAUCCCUCUCACUGUCAGAACCCUGUAGCCCCAAAGAGUAAAGUAAAUAAAUUAUAUCCUUACCAGUUAAAAUGGUGCUUAUUUCAAAUAAACUAUGGGCUUACAAGGAAGCAGACAGAGAUAAGCGUUCCCCAAGUAAAUAUAAUACAUUUUAUUGGCACUCGCAUUUUGGGCUUAAUCAUAUGAUUAUUUUGAAUUUUGGUCAUGUUUAUCUAACCAAAAAAAGACAGAUGCCAAGCAAAUAUAUUCGUCAAUGAUAGAUAUUGUUCUACUUUUUCUUAAUUUGUUUUAAGGCAGACCAAAUUAUUUAAAAGUAAUGAGCUCCUUGUAAUACACAAUCUGCAACUACCAAAUACAGAUUGCUAACUGAAAUACAUUGAUUUUAAGGUAUUUGAGGUUUUUUUUAUAGCUUCUUUGAUUGCACUAAAGUUCUCAUUUUUCAUUUUUUAAUGUAUCUUGCUUUUUUAAAAUAUAACAUUUAUCCAAUAUUCUGUACAAAUUACGCAAAAAGAACAUAGGUGGGUUGAUAGAUGGAUGAAUACAAUUAGACACAUGCAGGGCCGGUGCUAGGAUUUUUGACUACACAGGCAAAGAUGCAUUUUGACGCCCCCCCCCCCAAAAAUAAAAUAAAAUACAAUGCAUCUUCACCUCUGUGUCUCGUAGCCCCCUUUUGAAUUUCUUACCCCCAUUAGUGUUGCAUAUCCACUCUCUUGAAUGUCUUAUCCCUUUGGCUCCUUUGUGCCUUACACCCCCCUUUAGUGUGUCUCCUACAACACCUCUUAUGUAUUUCUUACUUCCCCGCCAGCCCCUAUCUAUCUCUCUUUUUCUUCCACAUAGACAUAGAUACAGGCAAAAAUACAUACAUACACAAACAUACAGACACACAACCAUACAAGCACACAGACAUAAUUUUUCAGGCACACAGUCACAAAGAUAUACAGACACACAGUCAUAAAAGGCACACAAACAAACACAGUCAUACAAUCUACACAUACAGGUACAUUGUCAUACAAACACAGACAUGCAUUCAUACAGACACAGGCCCUCACAGAAAUACAGACAGACAUAAAGAAACAUAGAGAUAGGCAUACAGAGACAUACAUACACAGACAAACAAAGAACCCUGCACACUGAUACCGUGUAAAUGCUCCGGCCAUCAACAGUGGUGGAUGCUCCGUGUCAGGCGGACAUCGCUGGAUCCACCAGUAAAGUCUUCAAAAGGAAUAAACGCAGGCAACACUCCAAUAGUAAGGAUGGUAUAUUUAUUGGUAGGUGAACCACCCCAUAGAAAGUGUGAUGUUUCAGCUCAUGCAAUAAGGCUCUGCUGAGCUGAAACAACGCACUUUCUUUGGGGUGGUUCACCUAUCAAUAAAUAUACCAUCCGUACUAUUGGAGUGUUGACUGCGUUUAUUCCUUUUGAAUACAUACACACAGUCAUACAGAGACAUGCAUACUGUAUGUCUCUGUAUGACGGUCUGUGUAUGUACACAGGAUGGCUAAAAGAUAGAUCCCCAUCUGUCGUGCAACUUCAACAAUGCUUUGAAAGCUGGGGCUCUACCGAUUCCCCAUGCUUGCAGUAUUGUAUUUAGCAUGGAGCAGUAUUUGUGUGUUUGACUGUAAGCAUGUGUUUGUAUGGAGUAUGUUUGUAUGAUUGUAGCGGUGUGUUUGUAUGUACUGUUUGCAUUUGAAUGCAAGCAUGCAUUUAUGUGUAGUGUUGGUUUUUGAACGUAGGUGUGUGUUUAUAUAUAAUUUUGGUGUCUGAUACAGAGGUGUGUUUGUAUGUAGUGUUGACAUUUGAAUGCAGGUGUGUGUUUGUAUGUAGUGUUGUUGUUUGCAUGCAGGUGUUUAUUUGUGUGUAGUGUUGGUGUUUGAAUGCUGAGAUAUAUGCACAUAUAAACAUACACUGCCACACACGCACACACUGUGAUACACAUACACAACGAUACACACACUGACGCACAUGCAGAUAUACAUAUACACAAACUGAUACACAUUCAGAUAGACAGACACACAUAUACAGAUACACACAAACACUGACAGACAUACAGAUAAACAUACACUGACAUACAGACACGCUGACAGACAUACAGAUACACACAUACACAAUGAUAGACAUACACAAACACACAAAGACACACAGACAUACACACACUGACAGACAUUUAGAUACACACAGACACACGGACAGAGACAUUUACAUACACACACACACUGACAGACAUAGAUACACACACACUGACAGACAUAUACAAACACACUGACAAACAUACAGAUACAGACAUACACAAUGAUAGACAUACACAAAGACACACUAACAGACAGACAUACACACACACUGACAGACAUUUAGAUACACACAAACACACGGACAUAUACAUAUACAUACACACACACUGACAGACAUAGAUACACACACACUGACAGACAUAUACAAACACACUGACAAACAUACAGAUACACACAUACACAAUGAUAGACAUACACAAAGACACACUAACAGACAUACACACACACUGACAAACAUUUAGAUACACACAAACACACGGACAGAGACAUAUACAUACACACACACUGACAGACAUAGAUACACACACACUGACAGACAUAUACAAACACACUGACAAACAUACAGAUACACACACACACUGACAGACAUGGAUACACACACACACACACUGACAGACAUAGAUACACACACACACACACUGACAGACAUGGAUACACACACACACACACACUGACAGACAUGGAUACACACAGACACACCUACCAACAGGUUCAGGAGGGUGGCUUACCUGGGAUCCAAAGUGCUGCCUGAGGUAGUUGGGAGUUGGAGGAGCUGGUCCUGCCCAGCCCCCCUCCUCUCUGCCUUCUGCUGCUCUAGUCUUCUUGGGAGGACUUCCUCCCAUGCUGAUUAGAAGGGGGGCGGUGGUAGCUCCGCCCCUGCUGGGCGCCAGCCGCGCUGUGUGCUACAGAGGGAGCAGGGAUAUGACGUUCAUAUCCCCGCCCCCUCCACACAGUCCGCGGCACUGCAGGGUGGCGCUCGGCCACACUACAAGAAGUGACCGGCAGGAGAGGGGAGCUGUGCGCUUCCCUCCUGCCGGUCACCCGGACAUUUGCGCCCCCGGGCCGGUGCGCCCUAAGGCGGCCGCCUGUGCCGCCUUAUGGACGCGCCGGCCCUGGACACAUGGAUACAUGAAUAGAAAUUCCUGCCCAUGAGAUUUCUAGAAGACUAACAUGCUUUGUGGCAAAAGGUAAAAUGUAAAUUCAGAUGGAAAUAUAACCAUUAUAUUCUCUUUGCUAAUUUGUUCUGCUGUAAACCUUAAUGCAGUUUGUUAAUUAUUUUUUUUUUUGUACCUUAUAAAGACAGGGUUUGCAGGGUGGUUAACAGGGAAAAUGGGACAUUGAGGUGAAACAAUGUUGAGAGAGGAGGAAAGGAAUAAUUUGUAGAAGAAUCAGCCCCUUUGAGUGUGAUGAAAAUGAAGGCAGAGAAGAUGAAACUCAGAAAAUGGGAAGGUUGGAAAAGUCAAUAGACCAUUGUGGAAAAGUCAAGGGGCCUGUGAUUCUUGUGUUUAAUGUAGACAUUUUAGGUGAGAGUAAAAAAGAAAAGGGGGUUGAUUGAAAUAUGAGAUAGUGUACGAAAUAUUUUAUCAGAAAGAAUAUGGUGUCUUCAUUAGGCAACUAUAUAUCAACUUGAUGUCAAGAAGAUGAGGUCAACAUUCACACUAUGAAUGUGUGAUAGUGAAAACUGAGACAGAGACCAACAGAUGACAUAGGAGAAAAUUAGAUGUGUUUAGGCAAUCGUCACGCAGUAAAUUAAAGCCAUUAAGAAUGAUAAGUGGGUAGUUAAGGUGAAGGAAAGAGAGCAUAUUAAAUAGUGCAAGUCAUCAUGGUAACAUGGGCAUGUAGAAAAAUAAGAGCUGUGGGUUUGAAAGGAGGAGAAGUGAAUAAAGGUGAUUGUGUUUUGAUGCAGGAAUCCAGGAAUAAGAUAUAAAAUAAGGCAUAUCUACCCCCAGAUAGAUGUCCAGUGUAGGAGAAAAGUGAUAAAUGUAAGGCAGGUGGGUGUUGCCAUGUUUGUGGGAAGAAUUAAUGAGUCAGUUACAUUUCAAAUUUAUAUAAAUCAAUGUGAAAUUUUUAUCACAUGUUCAAAUUCUGUGAAAAUUGUUAAAACACAAUCUUUCAGAGCUGCUGUGUCGUGUCCAAUGGAUGUUAUGUUGCAUAUAAAAGCAGGGCUUUUGUUCUAUACCAGUAGAUGUUAUUUUAACCCCUUAGUUAUCAGACUGUUUUUCAAUUUUCUUAACAUUAAGGACCAAGGCUGUUUUAAAAUUUCUGCCGUGUUUGUGUUUAGCUGUAAUUUUGCUCUUACUCAUUUACUGUACCCACACAUAUUAUAUACUGUUUUUCUCGUCAUUUAAUUGUCUUUCUAAAGAAACCAUUAUUUUCAUCAUACAAUCUAUUUUACCUUAAACAAAUUACAAAAUAUGAUGAAAAAAUAAAAAAAACACUUUUUCUAACUUUGACCCCCAAAAUCUGUUACGCAUCUACAACCGCCAUAUACACCCAUGCUAAGUAGUUUCUAAAUUUUGUCCUGAGUUUAGAAAUACCCAAUGUUAACAUGUUCUUAGCUUUUUUUUUUAUAGGGCAAUAAGUACCAGUAGCACUUUUUUUUUUCUAAAUUAACACAUUACAUUGUAACACUGAUAUCUGUCAGGAAUCCCUGAAUAUCCCUUCACAUGUAUAUAUUUUUUAAAGGAAGACAAACUAAGGUAUUAAACUUGGGAUGUUUUGACUAUUUUCAUGCAACCAUUUUACCACCAAUCUAUGCCAAAUUUAAAAGAAAAAAUAAUAAUUGGUGAUUUUUUUUGACACACAUAGCAAUUUAAGAAUAUAUGUACUGAGAACUUUAAGGAUUACUGCCAAAGAACACCCCAAUAUGUGUUCAGCAAGAUCUCCUGAGUACAGUGAUAACACCUAUGUAUAGGUGUGUCAGGUUCUCUGGGGACUAAAACACCUUAUUUGGAGGGUGCGCAUUCCAGUUUUCCAACUUAGAAUUUUCACAGCUGGUCAUGCACCCAUGUCAUGACAUUUUUAAAGUCGGCCAAUGUAAUUUAUCCCCAUCAAACCAUAUAUUUUUGAAAAGUAGAUACCCUAGGGUAUUUCAAAUGGCGGUAUUUUAACACUUUCCAUGCACUAAUUCCACCACCAGUCAUUGUCAAACGUUUUGGUAGUAAUUUUUUGUAUGUAAUUUUUAUUUCACUUUGUACUUUAGGCAUGCAUUCUCAGUUCCUGUUAUGUGUUACUGGCAAAGAACACCCCAAUAUAUGUUCAGCAACAUCUCCCGAGUACAACACUACCCCAAUAUACAGAUUUUAUGGGUUUUUGCAAACUUACAGGGGUUAAAUGUAGGGUUUUCCCCUUUUCCAUAUUUGCACAUUGAAAUUUGCCAGAUUAGUUUGCUGGGCCUAUGUUGCCUUUGAGAUCGUAUAGCAGCCCAGGAAUAAAAAUUAACCCCAUCAUGGCAUACCAUUUGUAAAAGUAGACAACCCACGGUAUUCAAAAUGGGGUAUGUCCAGUCUGCUCCAAUCUAUUACUAACAUAAAAAGCCUCUCUGACCCUGCCACAAUAUAUAUAUAAAUAAAUAAAUGUGUUGUGAGUGUAUACACAUACACACACAGACACACUUUUAUUUCCUAUGUAUCUAUAUAAUAAAAUAAUUAAAGCAUUUUAUAAUAUAUUAUACAUAUAAUGCAUAUAUAUGAUUACAUUAUAAGUGUAUUUUGAGAUAUAUGUGUAUGUAUACUAUAUUUUAUUAUUUUAUUAAAAAAAAUCUACUUUUAGGUGUCAAGGAGACUCCCUGACAGCACAGGCAGUCCCCCUGCUGGCAGCUCUAUAGACUGCUAUUGCGGCCAUGUGAUCAUGGUGAUCACAUGGCCCUGGAGAGCCACAGUGAACGGAGCUACUGCAAGGGGACUGCUGGGGUCUCGGGCAGUCCCCCCCGACCAGAAUUGCCGCGGAUCGCUGGUCCAGGUAAGUCCAGUGGUGAUUUUUGCCAGUACGUCCGCAGUCGGGAAGGGGUUAAAGAGAUUUGUGGAUAGUGAAAGAUUCAUAUUUUUUAUUCUCAUACAAUGAACUGAAUAUCCCUUUGUAUAUGAUUUUCAUAUGAUAUGGGCAGUACAGGGAAAGUGGACACAAUUUGAGUGGCAGGUCAUGACACUGGAGACUUCCUUAACCAUUUGUUAGGUGGAAGAGUUCUUAAGAAGACACAAGUCAAUCCUCUGCAUUGCAUAGUCUUUAUAUUAUGCAUGCACAUGAGUGCAUAAAGAGGUCUAAAAUGUGUUAAAAUAAGUUCUUAAUGUGUUCUUCACAUUUGAAUAUAUAUAUAAAGGCAGUGUAUGAAUAAUAUGGUAUUAUAAAUAUAUUAUCAUCUAUUUAACACCCACCUAUAUCUUUAUUUCAGCAAAGAAGAUGAAGCGGAUGACUUGGAUGAAUUUGAAACAAAGAACUUCAGAGCGACAGGUACAGAACAAAAAUGUUACCUCCUUGUAACCCUGUAAACUAGCAAUGCGUUCUUAUUUAUCGUCAUUCCAAAUUAUUUUUCAGAGAAAUUCAUCCCAAGGAUAAUUUGUUCGCAGGAUGAUGUUACUGAUGAUGAUAACGUUGAAGAGACUGAUAAUAUCAGAGAACAAAACAAUGGAUCAGAAAAUGAGCUGGAACUGUUUGUAAGUUUUUUUGGGGGGGAUAUUGGACAUGUCAUUGCUUCGAUUUUUAAUGCAAUUUUUUAUAAAUUGGACCAAUUUUCUUCCUUUUCAUUUAAAUGUGUUUUUGAAAAGAUAAAGAUAGAUUUUUUUUUUCUUUUCUAUUUCACUUCAGUCAUUGUUGGAAGUUUUUUUUAUUGUUACUGGAUUUUGUAUACUCCAAGAUUAAUUUAGCAUUUAUACAAAACACGGGCUUUAUUGUGUUGUGUAUAAUAGGCACAUUCAACUUAUUCUUACUAUUUAUUUGGUUAAUAUAAAAUGGUUCUAUUGUUCAGUUUAUAGUUUUUAGUGCAUUGUGAAUUGUGUUUUUUUUUUUUUAGAUCAUAUUUUGUUCCGUUUUAUGCUAAUUACCAUUUCUUUUCAUUCCAUUUCCCUGUCAUUGAGUAACAAUGAAUUAAAUUUCAAUACUAGAUGAGAACAGAUAUGUAAACACAGAUAGAAGUUGUUUUUUUAUGAUUCAGUGCUAUAUAACAGAUACUUUAGUGUUAAUAAUAGGCUGCCAUGCCCUCUGUCUUCCAAAAUCCUUCAGCGCACAUUCAAGGUACCUUUAGUAGAAUGCUUUCAAUAUUUAGAUCUCUGUCCAUUUUGCAAUCAGAGGCUAUUCAGAUCUAUGUUUACUACUGUAUUCAAAAUCCAUCGGACCUAGUCCUUCGCUAAACAUCAACUUCAGAGCUCACAAAGUUGUUGUUUUUUUUGUUUGUUUGUUUUUUAACAUUCAACAACAAUAAUGGGGGUUUAGUUACAGUAUCUGAUCAAGCAGCACCAUUAAUUAUUACCGUGAGCUAAAAAGCUAUUUAAUUUAAAAAAAAUAUGCUAGCUAUAUAAACCUGCCCAAGAUCUGACCUUGGUUAUCUCCAGUGAGUGAAUAUUUACGUAGGUAGCCAUUACCUAAACUGCAGAGGAUUUUCUGACUAUUUAAUAACAGGUGUAGUAAGUAAAACAUUUUAUUUCAUUUACUGUUUGUUUACACAUGCUUGCGUAAAAUACUAUGCAAUCGAUACAUACAAAAUAAAAAUCAUAUAGAUAUAAAGACAGAGUAUUAGUAUGCAGGAGUGGCUAACAAUGCCAAAUGUUUCAUAACAAACUAAUAAUCACAUUUAAACAUUUAAACGAGCAAAUGUUUAAACACAAGACAUCCAAGGCAAGUGUACAAGUUCAGAAUGAUCUUAUAACCUCUAUUAGUGUUUGACACCAGAUUGAUAUAUCAGCUCUUAAUAUUCUAAUUGGCUUGGGUAUCACACAUAUGUAAUAAAGACAAAAUUGUGCCUCGUACCAUCUACCAGAUAUGCUUAAUAGGAGAAACAAAGAAAUAAUGUAAAUAUCGGAAAGUAUAGCAUAGCUAGCAUAUGAACAUACUUACCCUGCGUAAGUGAUCAUCAUAUACGACAACACAAGAAAUCUGAAACCAGAAUUAUGCAUUGCAUCCCUCCACGCAGUUGGUCUUUUAACCACUUCAUGACAAAUGAAUGUCAUACUAAAUGGGAUUUGCCUAACCCUUCGUCAUGAAGAAGUUAAAUGUGCAUCACUGCUGUAAAUAUCUGCAAAGUGCUUCAAACUUCUACCAGACCUGUUAUAGCAUUAUGUGUGCCGGGUUAAGAAUCUACAAUGUACAGCGCUAUGGAAUUUGCUGGUGCUAUAUGAAUAAAAUAAUAAUAAUAUUCAUAGUUGUUGAUUUUGGUUUGUCAUAGCUUUGUUAGUGCAGUGAUUAAUGUUUGCAGAUAUUGCAUCUGUAAGGUUUAUUUGAUUUUGCAAAGGCUCCAAAACAGUUUAAAAAUAAAUAAAUAAAUAAAUUACUGGAUUAAAUAUGUACCAACCUAUACGCAACCUGCUGAAACAGCAAGGAGAGCACUAUAUUAAUGAUAUCAGUUCUAGUCAGCAUGCUGUAUUUAAUAAUUGCCUUUUCUGCAAACCCACCAUGCACUCUAACGUCUCUCUUUUCUAACCCCAUUAUACCAUGUCUUAAACAGCAAGGAAGAGACUUGCUGAUGCACUUUUUACUGACAAUAUUAUAUGCUGGUAUGAGGCCACACUGGUAGGUGUUGUUCCAGAAUAUUGUGGCUGUGUUUUUUUUCCAAUUUCUAUUGUUGUAGCCUGCCAUAGAGGUGUAGCUUGAUUACUGGCACCAGAGCAGGUUAUAUGUUGGCAUCCUCCACACAAAAUUGUAAAUUGUUUUGUGUGUUGAUCAGCACCCCACCAUUACCCUAUUGUAUGUAUCUACUAACCACACGUGUGUGUCUUUCCUAGUCCCUUUUUACCCUCGUGCCCAGUUAUGGUCCCCUUAGAUGGUAUGAACCUAUUAUGAGUGUAAACACACAUUCAUACAUAAAUUCAUAUACAUAUAUUUGCAAACAAAUAUACAGACACUUGAGCCUUUCUUUUCCUACCAAGAGUGGAGGCUAUACUUUGUGUACUCCCUGCCCCCUGUCAUUCUGGGCAGACCAUGUCGAUCCCCAUUUCUAUGAUACUGGCUUGCCAUUUGAACAUCACCAUCUUUGCACCUUCACACUUCUUAGCUAAAGUGAUCUACCAGUACUACAAUUCAGUAUAUUACUGCCAAUAACAUUACUACUGAAUAUAUUGGUUCUGACAACGAAUAGAACUCUUAGUAAAGCUUUUGUUUUCUAUCCAUACUUUUCUCUGCAGUAGAUAUCCUAGAACUAUCAAAGAAAUCCCAGUCUUUGGGCUUCUACUAAUGAAGUCACUAUAUUACAUUAACCGUUUUGCAUGUAGUCUUGAAUCUUGAUUUGAUCUUGCAACCAUAAUAAUAAUAUUAAUAAUAAGUAAAACAAUCAACAGAGCAGCUAACAGGUUUUGAUUGCUUUUUUUGUGUCAAAUUCUGAAUUUGAAGGACUCUUGUCAUAUCAUGUAUAAUUCAGCAAAUGUUGGACCUACUGUAUCACCAGCCCUUCUUCUUGUGUUAAGCAGACUUGCAUCUGAAACCUUAAUGCCUUUUAUGAGUGUGAAUUAAAGGAGAUCAUAAAACACGUCAUUUAAACUCAAUAAUCAAAAACUAAAAGAAUGCGUUGGGUAUAACUGUACUUUCAUCAAAGUGGUUAGAACAAAUAGAAAGCUACAAUUUCUGUGGAAAUUGUGUGAAGUGUUCUUGCCUCCACCUGUAGUCUACAACUGGAGUGGGCGAAGUAACUGUUAUCAUUUAUCAUGUCCUGAUUUUUCAGCUUUUGCCAGCUCCCACUCUAGCUUUGCCAUUCAUUCCUAUGGGACAAAUUGCGCCACAAAAACGACGAUAUUCCAUGAACCAUUCGGCGAAACGUUCCACAAAGUAAUAGCAAUCCGAUCGGGAACAAUCUGCACGUUUUGGUAAAUUUUGGUCUAUGUAGUGUAAAAACUGUGGGAGGAGUUAGGGUGGCAAAUUUGGCUAUAAUAAGAAUAAUAAUAUAUAUGUGAGAUAACAAUAAGUGGUCUUGCUAUGCAAGAACACUUAAUAUAUAUGUGAGAUAACAUUAAGUGGUCUUGCUAUGCAAGAACACUUAAUAACUAGAAAAGCUACAAUUUCUGGGGAAAUUGUGUGAAGUGUUCUUGCCUGCACCAGUAGUCUACAACUGGAGUGGGCGACGUAACUGUUAUCAUUUAUAAAACACAUUUAAUUGCAACGUUGUUGCACAGUUACAUUAAACCAUACAUUUAUAAAACAUUAGCAGGUGUUCAAAAGGCCCUGUCUAUGACAUCACUUGCUGCUGCAGCCUGACACAGGUCAGAGUAUUUUGACGGUUGCCAUCUUCAAACGGUCGUAUCUUAAAAACUAUAACUCCUACAGCGAAGAGCUUUAUAUUGUGAGAAUCACAAGACCCAGACCUACAUUUUGAUGCAUAGUAUGUCUCAGAAGUAUUAAGAAUGAAGGCACAGUCGCAGUUUAGAAAUUGCACUUCAAAUUUGAGCUUUGCAGAGUGAAGUUUCAAUGAAAGUCAAGGGACGGCGUUAGUUGCAAACAAAUGGUAUAUUGUGAAAACUAUCAGGACUAUGGCUUAGCCGUUGACAUGUUUAGUGGCAGCAGGGAUAGCUGAACAUUUUGAUAUAAGAUUUGUGUAGGUGGGCCUGAAAAUAAGGUAGUGGUGGCAGUUUAGAAAUCAUGUCCUGAUUUUUCAGCUUUUGCCAGCUCCCACUCUAGCUUUGCCAUUCAUUCCUAUGGGACAAAUUUCGCCACAAGAACGACGAUAGUAAUAGCAAAGUAAUAGCAAUCCGAUCGGGAACAAUCUGCACGUUUUGGUAAAUUUUUGUCUAUGUAGUGUAAAAACUGUGGGAGGAGUUAGGGUGGCAAAUUUGGCUAUAAUAAGAAUAAUAAUAUAUAUGUGAGAUAACAAUAAGUGGUCUUGCUAUGCAAGAACACUUAAUAAUAGAUAUGUGAGAUAACAAUAAGUGGUCUUGCUAUGCAAGAACACUUAAUAAACUACAUUUGAAUGCACUGUGCAGUGCAUUCUGAUCACCUGGUCUUUCAACAUUUUAUGUCUUCUAAGAAUAGAGUGUAGACAGAGAGUAGAUUAAUGUAAAGUGUGACCUACUCUUUGAUGAGAUCUUCUAGGAGAGGUCUAUAAGGCUUUAUGUAAGAUAACGUAAAAAAAAAUGUUUUCUCCUCACAUAAUUAUGACAUUGCUAGAAAUAAAUCAGGAUACUACUAGGAAAAUUAUGAAGCAUUUCUUGCACAAAGACAGUGUCAGUUUGUGCCACAAACUUGUUAUAUUAGAUGUUUCAUACAGACAGUGACAAAAUUGAUAUAAUGUUGCUGGGUUUGCCAUGAUUGGUGAAGAAUUCUAGACAUUUGUAAAACUCCCCAGGGAAAGUGAUUACCAGAACAGUCAGCCCCAGUGAUCACAUACCUUAAUUUAAAGCAGAUCUGUAACCUUCUGGAGUCUUUUCAUAUUUUGCAAAGACACUUUAUGGUGACAUUGCCACUUGGUUUAAAGUCCCCCUGUGUGAAGGUAGUUUUUAGUUACCUGAGGCUGUCCCUUGUAGCCUCCACCAUCUCCAUCUAGGGGGUCACCUUCAGCUCCUGGUUCUUUAUCUGCCAGGAACCCAUGUCAGUACUAUACUCUAAAGCAUGUGCUAGAGUACAACACUGAUGUCUAUGUAAGAUGCCACGAGACAGCAGGAGGCUUCAUAAACAAUGCAAUAUUCCUCACAGGUGUGACACUAUGCUUUUUGUCAAUCUUUGUCAAAUACAUAAGAUAAAGUAGCAGCUACUUUGUCUUUACAAUAUAUUUUGAAGGUGCUUAAAUUUAAUUGCAAUUCCAUUUUUUUUUAAUGGGGGGCAGGGGGAGUGACAGAGCUUUGUUAAGCUUGUACAUUCUACUAGUAAGAAACAUGUAAACAUGUACCAUGCUAUUACUGGACUUUUCAGCACUGAGAUUUUCCACUAAAAGCACGAAGGAGAUCUUACAAGCAUAGGGUCUCUGUGUUUCCUCCUGAUCAUAUCCCACAAGUAAAGCUGUUGGUUGCAACAGGCAAUGUUAACAUCAUCUGUCAGUAGCCUGGCUGCCUUUGUAUUGAAGAAGCCCACCAAUAAUGCCAGAUUGGCUUCUGGGUUGUUUGAUCCCGGUUAUGACGUGCCUUAACUGAUAGCAAUAUAUGUGAAUAAAAAUACAGCAAAAUCUGGUGUACUCCUUUUGGUUUACUAGGAGAUGUUCUGGGAGUAAAUACCGACCGUAAAAUAGAGUUAUUAAAUGGAACACCCUCAGUAUAAGCUAUUUGAGAGUAGCUUUAGUUGUUUAUCAGGUAAAUACAAUACACCUUAUCCAUGGAAGAGCUCACUACAAAAUUUAGUGGCUCUAUGCGAGCUACAUACACAACAAGAUCUUUCGUGGUGUACCUUCUUGGCUCAGGCCCCCUAGGUCGAACACACCAGCCACACAUUUAUUAUUUUUUUAUUAAUCCCACUUUCUUGUUUUUUUUUAACAAACCUUCUCUGUUUCUUGCUCUCCUCCCUCACUUUCGAAGUUUAUUCGUAUCUUUUUUUCUCACUUUUUUCUUCUUAAAUUUGAAGAUAUUUAUUUUAACUUUCCUUAUAAUCCAGGUCCAACAAAAGCCUUUUCUAUAAUUAAAAAAUAAAAUAAACCUAAAGGUUCUCUCUUUAUUGCAAAAAUGGUGUCCCUGUCCUUUGGUCUAUUUUUAAUGUGUUUGCAGGGCAGUCACCAAGGUUGGCUCAUCUUUUGUUUUGGAUGUACAUCGAGUCCCAUGUCUGUGAUUAGUCGAUUCAACCUUCAUUUUAUGUUCUCUUCGUUAAGAAUGAACUAGCCAAUAAAAAUACUCCAAAUACCAUAUCUAAGAUAGAUGAAUGUUAUACCAUGAUGGAAGCAAAGUACUGUUGGGGCUACUGUUUUUCUGCAAAAUCGAUCAAUCAAUUAAUCAAAAUUGCAACAGUAAAAUAAAAAAUUAAAUUGACAUAGCUGUAAUUAGAUCCUAUAACACCAAGGGCUUACAGUUAAGUAAUACUCACCUGACUUUAGAAAUAAUUUUUUUUAAUUAACACAGUUAAACAUUCCACUGUUUUACAUUAUACAAAAAAUACAAUAUUCGUAUUUUAUAAUACAAAUAUAAUACUAUAUUAGUAUCUAAUAAUAUAAUAUGUAGUAAUACUAAAUUGGAAAUGUUGUAGCCAAACAAUAGGCUUUUUGUCUUGUGAGUGGCUUUGUAUAUUUAUCUAGACUCAGUGAUCCAUUCACAACCUUUUUAUAUGGUUGGAAGAAGCUUUUUGAUAUAAUUCUUACAAUUAUAAAAGACCUACACUGGAGUAUAGGAAUGUACUAUGGAACUAAUCAUUAUAGCCAACAUGGCUGGCUGCUGGACUUGUGAUCCUUUUGUUGACAAAUAGAUUAUUUACUAUUUGCAAUGACAUGUACAGUCAUCUAGAGGCCAUAAACUAUACAGAAUCCAGUGAAUUUUCUAAAAGAAAAUAACAUAGGGGACUGUUACUAAAAAAGUAGAUACAUAUCUGGAAAGUUAUAAAGGUCUUUUUUUUGCUGUAACUGCCCCACAUUUCUUUUAGAUCCUAUGUGAGCAAAAAAAUCUUUUGAACUAGACAAUUAAUUAAAUGUCAGAUGUCUAAUGUUAUAUGUUGCAUUCUAGUCCUUGUCACUUACAAUCUAUAGGUUGCACUAAAAGAUCUUUUUUAUAUGCCUGCAUAUUGGAUGUUAUAUAUCUAAACCCAAAGACAUGUUGCGCAGUAAUAAUACCUCCAUUAGUUAAAUAUCAUUACAACGACCACAGUACUCUUUGUGGGAACAGAUAUAAUACAAAGAGAAUUAAAAGGAAUUAACAAUAAAACAAUAAAAAACACUGAUAUAUGAAAAUGGAUAAGUAUUAAGAUAACAAAUACCUUGCCAAAUAUGAAUUUAUUAAAAUUUUAUACAGGAGUAAUAUGUUCUCUUUGGCAAUGUUUUUUUCUUCCGAUUUUAGAACUAUUAAAAUUUGUGAAAGUUAGUUCAAAAUGUAUGUACUGGAAAAUAUUUAUUUUGCAUUCCACAUGCAUUUGACUUUUUUGUAUAGUCCGUUAAAUGUAUAUGGUGUUUUCACUAUUUUUGGCAUGUAUAAAAAAUUAACAACAAAACACUUAAGACUUCUUAAGAUUCACUUGUAAUCUACUCUAUCAUAUAUGGUCAUUUAAUAUAAAAUUAAGAGUGGAGGAGUCAAUAUAAAAAGUUGCCACUAGAAAUGAAAGAUUGUUCGAAUAUGGAAGUCUAUAAAUCAUGAAGCAGACUCUGAAGAAAAAUAAUAACAUUUGUUUCUUAUUAAAAGCUUCUUACUUUUUCUCUUUCUGACCCCAUUCUAAGCAGUUUGAGCUUAUUUGCUAUUUGUGGUUGUAAAAAGAAUUAAGUACAAAUGUAGCAUCUUCAUUUUUUUUUUGUUCUGCAACAAUUUCUAAGUAUUAUUUAUUAUAUAAGUAAAAAAUAAAAUAUUUUCCUUUAACAUAUUUUGUAUAUAUCAACACUAAAACUGUGUUUAACUCUUCUAAAAAAACAAAAUAUAUCAAAAGGGCACAGGAUGAAGUUAGAAAGAGCAAAGUACGAAUACUUCUAUCCUAAAUGCAUUCUGAUACUGCCAACAUGUGAUAUAUUGGAGUAUAUUAUCACUCUCUUUUUUCGAAUAUGAACAUGUCUCCUUUCUCACUCCUUGUCUUGAAUUAUUAUAUACUUUUUUAUUUAUUUUUAUUAUACAUGUUUGAAAAUACAAAUCAUACUCCUACCCAUAUGCUGAUUGUAUAUGUGUAUAUAUAUAUAUAUAUAUAUAUAAAUAUGAGAAGGAAAAAAAUGGCACUCAAGGAUUUCCAUAUAUUUAAAUCUUCAUUUAUUGCGAAGAAUAAAUCGACGUUUCAGUUCCUCUAGGGAGCCUUCAUCAGGACACAAAAAAAAAAUCAAAAAACUGAAAGACACUUAUAUAGGACAUACAAUUAAUACAAAUGGGUACUUACUCUCAGGUGAUCUGCAUUUUUGUUUGCCGCCGGACCCGCCAAGAUCGCCAACUCCAACAACAAUACUUCCGGGUUUGUAAUCACCUGGCCCUGAAGAACGUCUCCAUUGGACCGGCCAAACAUGUUACUGGGGCAACCAUAGACACCUCCGUCUCAUUGGUUACACCCCUAUGUACAGAUGCCGGUAAGGGACAAAAAAUACACUCUAAUUUGAUUGUAUAAGAACUUUGGCAUGGCAAUCAGAGCGCGUCUCAGCGAAUGGAAGAAACACAAUAAAUUAAGGAGUCUAUUUACCACAAAAGAGUCACAUCAUGGGGAAAGUUUGAAAGUGAUUAAAGAAGCUUAAUACUGGGAGGUGUAAGAAUGAGUGAAUGAGAAGAAACUUGUAUAGAUCAAGCUUAAGUUAAUAUGCAAAUAUAUGAUCCCCUAUUUAAACAUUCAAAGGGAACAAUGUGUUUAUGAAAACUCAGAGAAAGUCCUGUACACACAAUAAACAUGAUGGUGUAUAGUGACAGGCAAGACAUAUAGAACUUGACGCAUUCACUGCCGGACAGAUUUUGUUAUCUAUAAAUUGACGCGUCCAUUACAAUUACAUAGGCAAAACAGAAACGGCUCUUUGCGAGAGAAUAAGAAGCCUCAGGUCCAGUAUCCGGCUUUCCUACCGUGAUGGCAAAUCGGACAAACCAGUGGCCAGACAUUUCUUAGAAUUUCAGCACCAACUUACUUCUCUUCAAUGUGUCGCAAUUGAGCAUAUUCCCAUUCCGGGCCAUGGAGGUAACAGAGCAAGGCUUUUAUUACAAAGAGAGACCUACUGGAUUUGCCAGUUGGGAACCUUAUCACCCAAGGGCUUGAAUUAAAAAUGCUCAUUUUCAUCUUUCUUAUAAUUUUAUACGUUGCCAUGGUAAAUUAAAAAUUAUGAAUAAUAUUUUCUAUCUUGGAUUGUGUAUCAAAGAGGUAUAUCGUCAAGCUCCCAGUUUAUGACUUGGAUAUAUAGGAUCAACUUCUUUUGUAGUCAGUUUUCCUUGUGCUUACGAUCAAAAAUUAUAUGGUUUUUUUUUUUUUUCUUUUAUUAUUUUUUUUUUAUUUCUCAUUUUCACAUUCAUUUUUAUUUUUUUAUCUUUUAUUUAUUUCUUAUUUUUAUUUCAUUAUUUUUUUAUUAUUCUAUUAUUUUUUCUUAUUUUUUUUUUUUUGGUACCGUUGACUGACUUUUAAUCUAUUUUAACUUUUUCUUGUAAUAUUUGUAUCUAAGUGGGUUCUGCUUCCUGGUGGAAUAUAUCUUAGGAGUAUAAUUAAGGGGAUCUUAUUGAUUCACAUAUAGUUUAUUCUUUAUACAGAGUAUCCCUGAUGUUGGGAACUAUAACAAAUAUACACAAUUAUCUAUUAUUCUUUUCCACUAUUUAGUCAUUUUGUUUGCUCACUAUAAUUCUAUAACUCACUGAAAUUCUAAGAAAUGUCUGGCCACUGGUUUGUCCGAUUUGCCAUCAUGGUAGGAAAGCCGGAUACUGGACCUGAGGCUUCUUAUUCUCUCGCAAAGAGCCGUUUCUGUUUUGCCUAUGUAAUUGUAAUGGACACGUCAAUUUAUAGAUAACAACAUCUGUCCGGCAGUGAAUGCGUUGUCGAAUUCUAUGUCUUGCCUGUCACUAUACACCAUCAUGUUUAUUGUGUGUACUGGACUUUUUCUGAGUUUUCAUAAACACAUUGUUCCCUUUGAAUGUUUAAAUAGGGGAUCAUAUAUUUGCAUAUUAACUUAAGCUUGAUCUAUACAAGCUUCUUCUGAUUCACUCAUUCUUACACCUCCCAGUAUUAAGCUGCUUUAAUCACUUUCAAACUUUCCCCAUGAUGUGAUUCUAUUGUGGUAAAUAGACUCCUUAAUUUAUUGUGUUUCCGUCCAUUCGCCGAGACGCGGUCUGAUUGCCAUGCCAAAGUUCUUAUACAAUCAAAUUAGAGUAUUUUUUUUGUCCCUUACCGGCAUCUGUACAUAGGGGUGUAACCAAUGAGAUGGAGGCAUCUAUGGUUGCCCCAGUAACAUGUUUGGCCGGUCCAAUGGAGACGUUCUUCAGGGUCAGGUGAUUACAAACCUGGAAGUAUUGUUGUUGGAGUUGGCGAUCUUGGCGGGUCCGGCGGCGAACGAAAAUGCAGAUCACCUGAGAGUAAGUACCCAUUUGUAUUAAUUGUAUGUCCUAUAUAAGUGUGUUUCAGUUUUUUAAUUUUUUUUGUGUCCUGAUGAAGGCUCCCUAGAGGAGCUGAAAUGUCAAUUUAUUCUUCACAAUAAAUGAAGAUUUAAAUAUAUGGAAAUCCUUGAGUGCCGUUUUUUUCCUUCUCUUAUGGUUCAGCCACCAGAGCACCAGGUAUUUUGUUUUUGUUAUAGUUGGAGUGCAGGGGUUUUCUAUAUUUAUAUAUAUAUAUAUAUAUAUAUAUAUAUAUAAUUUUCUUAUUUUAGUGGCCAAAUAUAGAUAGAUUAUUUAUUACUCAUUCGGUGUCAGUCAAUAUAAUAGUGGAAACAGUUAUAAACUAUAGCAGGGUUAAAUCUAAAGGAUUUUAUGAUACUAACAUAUGAUGAAAUCAUUUGGGCAAUUCUCUUUUUCCAGACUUUGACAGAUAUACUCCUCCACGUAGCCAUCAUCCUACUUGCUUUACUGACAGUGUUGGAAAUACCAUUUCCAUGUGAAAAUGUAAACCUCUACUUACAAAUCCAGUUUUCAAGAGAAUGCAGUAACUCUAACUUACCUAAUAUAAGAUAGAAACAGAUUAGAAUUUCAAUGAUCAAAUGUUUCUUCUCCACCUCUUAAUGUGUCAAUUCGAAUUAAAACCUAAAGUGUGUGUAUGCUACAAGUAGUAAAAGGGCUGAACUCCGAUUAAAUACUACUUUGUUAAUCAAAGCCUGGGAAAAUGAUGCUAAAUAAUUGUAAUACACAAUUUCUUUGCUACUACCUGAAUAAACUCUUUCUACUUCAAUCAUAUACCAUGGGAUUGUCUGACAAGUGUACGUGUGUGUCAUAUGUUAUCUACUAAUCAAAUAUAUCCAAUCUCUCUUUUAUUUUGUUCUCUUCUAUAACGUGUAGGUAGAACCCAAAGCUCCAUUUAAAUUUUUGAUAUUUUAAAAUAUUAAUAUCUAAUAAAUUAAAUAAAAUUUAACUAUGAAGAGGCACAUGUUGUGCCUGCCAAGUUGCCUUCAUAUUUUAUUUAAUUUUCCAGUAUUUUAGGUUUCUGAAGUAUCAAGUUUAACUCAGGAUAACUUUGAAUCCCUAAAUUAGGUUUAGCAGGAAUGACAAUCACACACACUAUUACGAUGAGUUUAAGGUAUUCAUUAGUCCAUAUUAUCCAUAGUAAAUGGUUCCGAUAUGGGUAUAUAACAUUUUUUUACCAUUUUCUUGGAUUUUAUUUUAAAUAUGUAUAUUUUUAAGAUAUUUGUAAUUUAGAUUUGUUAUUAGUAUACUUUAAUGACUUAAACAAUGAAACCGUACUAACCCUUGAAAUACAGCCAUUCUGGAGGUUUGAAACCCACAGGCAUUAGCUCACAAGACAGCUGAGCAGUUGACAAGUAGCAUGAACCUUAUGUUAGAAACAGAAGAAAUUGUAAGAUUUGCAUAUAAUUACCGAGAUCAUGCAAAUGUCAGUUAUGAAUAUAAAAAAACACAGGCAUUUCACUGUUAAAUCCUGACAGUUGGCAUCACUGAAAAGCUCAAAUGCAUUUGAGUGCUAGUUGGCAGAGGGUCAUUAAAAUAGAAUUUGCAGAUACAUUAACACUCUCACUUCUCUUUGAGUGAUAGUUUUCUAUUUAUAGUUUGCACAGAGUUUCCAGAAAACAUUGUAGCAAGAUGACUUGUAGUUGGCUACCACAUAAAAAUUGCAUACAGAAGUAUGGGGACACUGAGGCUUUUUUAAUUGAUUUGAAGGAAGCUAUCAAUAACUAUGCAUAAAGUCGAGAUAGAAAUGAUGGUUGUGACAUGUGAGGAGCAAGACAGAGACUGUUGUACAAUUUUCAUAAGAGCGACAGUCAGCAUCUUCCAUACAGCAAAUUAACCGUAACUAAAAAAAUAUAUAUAUAUAUAUAUAUUUUUCCCAUAAUUUGAUAAACUUCACAAAACCAACCCAAUACAGCUGGAACGGUCUAAAGAUACAAUUAUGAGAUUUCUUCCCAUUGCAUUAGCAUAAAUAUCAUCUGUUACGGGUUUCUGCUGUUUUUGCCACAGGAUAUAGAUUGUCAUUUUAUACAGGCAUGGUGCCUCUUCAGAAAUGAUAUAAGACUAAUCACAAUUUUUUAUUUACCCAUAAAAGAUGUAUUGUGUUUUACCUUAGCUUCCUCAUAUGUAUUACUUUUAAUUGUGAUUAUAUUAACAACAAAAAAAAAAAAAAAUAGGCCAUAGACUUUAAAAUAUUAAAUCUUCAGCUGAGUCUUUAUAUUUAAUUUACUAAUGUUUAUUGAUAUUUACAACAGUUCUGUUUGAAAUUCUACCAGUUAUAUAUUGAGGAAAAGACAAGUAGAUACAUAACAAACUUUAUGUACAAACACGUAAAUACAUACAAAACUUUGAAAAUGUAAUAAUUUAUUUUUAUUUUUUUGGUAAAUACAAUAUUCAGUAUUUAAUCAUUUAACAAACAUUUUGGGAAAUCAUUAAACAAAAUAUAGAAUAGGCCUUCAGCUCAUAAAAUCACUAAUCAUCACCAUAUUAAUAUACUACCCAAGUGAGAGUAAUAUAUUUAAAAUGACAAAAGUAAGUAGGAAUUUGGAAUAUUGUAUAUAAAUUGCAAGUAAGUGGAUUGUUACAUUACAAAAGUAUUGGAAAUCUAUGUAUUGUUAGAUAAAAGUAAAAUUUUGAAAUGUAGUAAUAGAAACUAAUUAUUGAACACUCUUUUCAACUAUUUGUUCUAAUUUGUUGUGAUCCGCACACAUUCACAAAAAUAUAGGAAUUGUUUUGCUCUCAUGUCAACAAUUGUGACAUGUCAUUUUAGUAAUGCUAAAAGAUAGAGUAUAAUGUAAUAUACUCAAUUGUUUAUUGCAUACAAAUUGUUUUGUUGAAGUGAUAGUAUCCUUGGAGAUAACAUGUGAUAAUAAGUGAUAUUAAUGUCUUUUUUACUCUUGAAAUCAUACAUUGAUGGGAGAAAUGGCAAUGGUAUACCGUGUGGAACAGUGUGAUUUGAUGGAUAUUAUUGUAGUAAUGGACUAGGUGUAAGAGGAUCGUGAAAAAAGCAUCUUCUUACGUUUUCUGGCUUUAUUAAUGUUCUAUAUUCAGGACUAGUACAGCUAAAACACAUUUAGCACCACAUGUAUUUAACCUACUUUACUAAUCUGGAAUUAGAAAUCAUGUUGUCUCAGUUUCAUAACAACUUAGGUCUAUCUGAAGAAAUUAUCACAUGCUGAUAUUUCAUGAUUACAUUGUUAAGUUAAAUGUGCCAAUGUAUAAUUUUAAAACCAUAAAAUAAUCAUUUUAUAUUUACUGUUGAUCACCAACUUUUUCUUGACCUUCUCUAUUCCAUACGAAUUUGCGCUAAAGCCCUUGUUUGGUUCACUUGGUAACUAUCCAAUCAAGAAAUUUCUGUUUCCUUUUCUGACAAUUUAUUAUCCUCACUUUUACUCUUAACCAUGACCUUCUACCCUCUUCAGUCUACAACCCAUAACUUGAUUAUAACAUGUUUCAUAAUUUUCACAUUCAAUCACAUAUUCUUGCUGCCUCCAUCUAAUAACAUUGCCCAGAGAUGUUCAUUUCAUAACCAGCAUUAAAAAAGGAUGUGUAAUUAACUCGCCAAUCUUCUGCAUUCUUUCUCUUUAUCAACCUCCCGAUAACCACUUGACUAAUGUCCAGUCUUUACUAGUCACCGCAGAGAAAUUUCUUCUCCAACUUGACUUCUUUUACAUCCCUGUUUUUGUAACAAACUAGAUUUACUCAUCCUACCCACUCUUCUUGUGGCCUAAGACUCUUUACUUCUCUUAUGAAAUCCUCCUCUCUAGCCUGAACAACAUUGAGACAUUAAGUCCAUGUGUCCAUGAGAUGAUCCAACAAGAUCCUCAAGAAACACAUCAAUCUUACAAAGAAUGUCAGCACAGUGAGCCAGGCAAAGGAACACUAAAUGACAGAUAAUAAAGAACAAUAUUUGGUGAUGAAUUCAGUUUAGCGUGACUAUCCAGACACAAACACAGUAACCACUAAGAUAAAUAACACCUGUCAGCAGACCACAAAAGGGCACGAGGUCUGCAUACACCAGAUAUUUUUAAGUAGUGAGGAUAGGGUGUUCUACACAGAAUUAUAUGCUCUAUGGGUUGGGAGGUUUUAUUUUUUUUUUUAUUCUCAGCCUUACUUUAAUAAUACUUAAUUUGUAAUGUUAAACCAAAACUAAUACUAUGCCAAGAAAUCCCAGAAGGACAUAACUGCACAUAACUGAUCAGGUCAUUGCAAAACGAGCACACUGAAAUAGGUUGGGUAUCUGAAAAAGUAAAUAUUGUCUGAGCUUGUUGGCACAUAUUAGGAGAGUUGUUAAAACACUUUUACUGAUCAGAUGUGUCUCGGGCAGGGUGGCAUUUGUCUAAAAUUAAUCUUAGUAUAAACAGUUAAUGUAUUACAGUAUGUCUUAAACUUUCCAUAGCCAUGGUCACUGUUGGAACUCAAUAUGGAAACCCAUGGUUUCCUUACCAGGAUUGAAUAUAUCUAGUCUACAAGUAUGGGCUCAAAAUUUCCACUAGCCCACUCACCAAUGUUGAAUGGCCUGAAUAUAUAUAUAUUCCAGUCUAGUGAGUAUACCAUGGGUUCCUAACUAUUUAUAAGGAUGAUCAGUGCUGUUUAAAACCAGCUGAUUAUUAAGAGCGGCUGUAUCAAAAAUGGAAUAUAAUAAUAGAGUGUAGAUAUUGUAGAAAUGUGGCUGUUGGCUACCAAUGAGAACUUCAUAUGAUACAAUACCCCUAAUAGAAUAAAGAAAUUGCAAGUAAGUUUCUUUCUGUUUCUAAUCUAUGUAGAGAUGCACACAGAGACACUUAAAAAUGAUAAGCUAAGUUAAUAAGAAAAAAGUUAUAGCAUAUUAACCCUCUAACUUCACUGAGAAUAACGUUUGAAUUCAAAAUUACAAGAGGGCCGCUCCUCGGGCUGCUACUCUUUCCGUGACCUAUUGAUAUAUAGUAGGAGUGAUUUUGUGAGACUAAUAUCUUAGGACUUGAUAGUCAGGGCCCUGUAUAUACAAUUUCUUUAUACUGACUUGAUGUUCUGUGGUCUAGAUAGAGGAUUUUUUUCAGAUAGAGGAAAUUAUUUUCAGUGGAUUUUUGUGGAUAGUUACAAUGUGUGCUUAUUAAUAGUGAUUAAUAUUGCCAUAAUUCAUUCAAAAAUAAGUAAACACACCAUAAAAAUAUAUUGAUUUUUAAUCAAUCUGUUAUGUUGCUGCUGUUUUCUCCUUGACUGAACAUUCCAAUAUAUGAAGACAGAGACUUGUGAUAGGUUGUUGCGUUUUAUAUUAUUAAUGCAUUAUAAAGCAGUAAUAAUAAGUAUAUAUAUAUAUAUAUAUAUAUAUAUAUAUAUAUAUAUAUAUAUAUGGAAUAAAGAGAUGCACUCUUAGGGCUUAAGCAAUGAAAAAUGAUAAUUUAUUCCAGCAGGUAUAACAUCAAAGUUUGCCGACAUUUCGACCCAUUCGGGUCUUUCUCUUUAUUCCUCAUAUAUAUUUUUUCAACAUGGGAUUGCACCUAGGCAAUAUUGUACUAUAUACAUGAAAGGGUGAGUGCCAAGAAAGACAUUUUUUGUAUAUAUAUAUAUAUAUAUAUAUAUGUGUGAUAUAGGGCGUAGACGUGGUUCCACCCUUUUGUUUAUGCUUCAUCAAUGCAAUAAUUAUUCUUCAGAUAUUGGAUAUAUUUUUACUACAUUCAACAACUGUAGCACAUACAAGGCUGGCAGUAUCAAUACAUCAAGGAACGGUCUUGAUGGGAUUUUCUGUUGAGAUGUUGGAGAAAAUAUGCCUUAUAUGGGUUAAGGAAAGAAUAAAGCACAGGGCAUUCUAUACAUGAAUGACAGGUUUAUUCUCGAGAGUCUACUUGGCAUAAUGUUGCUGCUAAGAGUUGUUAAAAAAAAGUUGGUUGUAUAAUAGACUUGGUAUGGUAUGCCCCAUGGACUGAAAGGAGGGGGCAAACAAUGCAUACAAAAAGUGAAAAAAGUUUAGAGCUAUCGCAGGUAUUAUACUUAACAAUAAUUUCACAAUCGCUCUUAAUCCCUUCAAUAACAGGGUUAGGCAAAUCCAUUGCUAUUGUGACAGUCCUGGCAUGAUGUUGAUUCUGAAGGGGUUAAUGAUUGUGGAAAUGUCACAGGAAAACAAGUAGACAUGUAGGAAAGUUGUCAAGAACAUAGUAGAUCGCUAAACCAAUUCGAUGCGCAGAAAUGGAGGUGAUUUAAAGGACAGAAUAAAUAGUAAAUUGUCCAUUCCUCUGUUUCAGCAGGAAAUAUCAGAGGAAGUGCAGUUAAAAAAAAAAGAAAUAGUGAUCAUCGGCAUCAGGCAGACAGAGCAUUAUAAGAGUUGUAUUUCAGUAAAAGAUGAAAAUAAUUUUUUGUCCACUCUUGGUUUAGAAGAAAACAGCUGGAAAGGCAGUAGUUAAAAUGUUAAUUAUUUCCAUAAUUUCUUAGAAGAAAAUUGAAAUACGUUUCCGCAAUAUUUUCGAAGCACGUUAUUAGAUUUUAGAAUGUAAGUUUUUAAAUUCCACAGUCUGAUUAAAUGUAAUAAUUUUUUACACCAAAAUCCUAUUACAGAAAAAUGUAAAAGUAUAUAUUUAACUACUGUAAGAUUUUAUAUAACUUUAAUGAAUUAAGUGACGUUCGACUUUCUCCAGCUAUCGUAUUCAGGUACAUGCAGCUUUAACCCUCAUGGGCUGCAGCCCCUCACCUAUCCUGGAAAUGUUCAGGGUACCCCAUCCUUAAUGACAGGUAUGUUUGCUAGGUUGUUACCUAGAUUGUAGGUUGACAGAAAAUCUAUUAACUUGCUUGUUAUCUAUAUGAGGAAUGGAAAUGAAGAUUCGUGGAUGCAAUUUAUUUAUGUAACAAUUGCACUGUAGUGAAAUGGGAGAUUGCAUCGUAUUGCACAGAAAAAAAAAUCUAAACAACUUUCCAUCUAACCGCUUGAUUUCCCUCCUAUUCUGAUAGCACAGGAGCAUCACUGCACUUGUUUUGAAAUGCAUUCUGUUACCGUGGACACUGUUUUCUUGUUUUCUUCACACAAAAAAAUAACAAUUAACAGUAUUUAAGCAUCAUAGUUUUCAUUUUAAAAUAUCUUUAUUUAUUUUCUCAUUUCAGCUAAGUCAACAUUACACGGAAACAAGGAUCACUUCAUCUGAAGAUGAAAAUGAUAGUGAGGUGCCAGAACAAGCUAGUUUUUCAAAUGGAGGAGAGAUAACUGAGCCAGUUGAAUUUUUUGAAGACAAUAGUUCCAGAACUCUUGCACAAAGUGAACAAACAGCAUCAGACCAGCUUACACAGGAAUCGGAACAUUUAGAUAAAACUGAAAUAAGACCUACAGUGAAAGAUGCAUUCCACUUGAAGGAAAUUAAGGAAUUUGGGGGUACUUUGACGGCUGAUGACCAUAAUUUAGGAGAUUCUAAGGAUUUACCUCAAGACUACAUGCACAAAACUGAAGACAAUGAAGAGAUUCAGUCUCAUGACUUACAUGAACAAAGCUUUGAAUUGAUAAAACCGUACCUGGAAGAUACAGGCCCACCACCAGAAAAUGAAGAAACAGAGACCCUAAGUAUUAGCAAAAUAGGUGUAUGUGACAAGAAAACAGAAACAUCCACUGUUGCACAAAUGGACUGCUUACAAUCACAAGGAUUACUGGAUGACAAUGCUAACCCAAGUUAUAGUCACAAAGCUGUACAUGUUUCAUAUUUUUCAGAAAAUGGUACUGAUAAAACAGUUUUGGGGCAAACAGAAAUUUCUGAUAAAAUGAGCAAGGAAUAUAAGGAUAGUACUUCUAAUAUUCUACAAGAGGCUACUGGUUUCCAACUGCUAAUUAAAGACAAUGAGCAUUCACAUAAAGAUGAAGAGCACAGAAUACUUUCCCAAGAUCUAGAAUGUGAACAAGAGUUUGACAACAAUGAUGGUGGUGUCAAAAGUACUACAGGUUGGCCUGGAAAUAUGUCACUUUUAGGUGAAAACACAAACAUAUGGGAUGAAAAGCCUGAUGAAUAUAUAAAAAUGACAAGUGCAACUAACAUUUGUAUGGAAGAAUUAGAAAUAAUGCAUGAAAUAAAGCCCUUCGAAUCAGUAUUGGAUAAAAACCACAAAAAAGACAACAGAGAGGAAGAGGACUUCUCCAAUUUCCAAACUGAAAAGGUGCCAAUAUCCAAAUUAUGUUAUGGUUCACUAAGUGAUAGUACUUCUGAAUCCACACACUAUAAUUCUCAAAAUGUCAAAGCUUAUUCAAGCUAUUCUGAUGAGAACUACAGAAGAGCAGAACACAAUUUCAAAAAUCCAUUAUUAGAGGAACAUGUAAAAGGUCUUACAAGCCAUGAAGAAGAUGAGACAUGUAUGUAUAGCAAAGAGGAAUUCACAGAACAAGAGGGUAUUCAGGGUACUCACCAUGAACUAUCUCAGACCAAUGUUCCACCAGUCGAGUUGCAUCCAGCUAUUAAUACAGAUGAAUAUAUGUCAUGUGCAAGUAAUAUAACAUCAGAGAGUCCUGUAAGUCAAAAGAAUCCAAGAGAGAAAGUCAUCAUUGCUGUGCUAACAGAAGAACAAAGCCUUUGUAAAGUGCAAACUCUAAGAGAAGAUUUCAGUAAAGAAUGUGAUACAAAUGUCUAUCAACAACAGGAUGUAUGGGCAACAAAACAACUGGAUGGAAGCACGGGUACUGCUUUGCACAGGAAAGAUAAAGAUUUAGAAGUAAAUAUUUGUUUCAAUUCAGGACUUACCAAAGAACCAAAAAAAGAAGGAACAGAGGACAUUGAGUUGCGUAUUGAUGAAAAUCCAAAAGGUGUUAUUGAAGAAAUGUAUAAAGGGACAAGUUUGUGUAAAGAAAAUGUAAUUCAUGAAGGUGCUAACGUUGACCAGUGUAUAUUUUAUGCUGAUAAUGUGCCAGAUAGGUUAAAGAAACAUGGUGAACUUGAUGUACGGUAUACAGGUCUAGAUAACCCUAGUGAUCAAUCAAGAAGCAGUUUUUCAGAUACUAGUGUAGUAACUGAACAACUGUCUAAAAAUUUAAAUGAGGAUCCAGUUCAUGAGAAGGAAGUAGAAUACAUGUUUACAGAAAUGAUUUCUGUAGAUAACCCCUCAUUCACUGAAGAUGGAACAGUCAGCUUAGACUCGAAAAGGGAAGAUGUAUUUAUUGGGCCAUCUAUUUUUAUAAGUGAGCCUGAUGAUGAAUUGGAAUCUCAAGGCUUAGAGUCUGAAGAACAGAACGAUUUAGGUGAAACCACAAAAUGUGAAUCUGAUGAUAAACCCCUUCCUGUACAGGCAAAUGCUUCUGAUAAUGUAUCCACCGAUCUGUUGUCUAUCAGUCAUGUAAGCUCCAAAGUGCUUUGUUUUUUAAUGUUUGUUGUAUUUUCUGGUCUGAUGUACCAUUAUGAUUUCCUGGUUUGCUUUGCUCUUUAUCUUUUCUCAUUAUACUGGUUAUACUGGGAAGGAGACAGGAGUCCAAAGCCAGUCAGAAAAGAGUAGGCGGACAUCAGUAGUGGAUUAACUAUAAUAUUUUACUACAAGAAAGCAGACAGUCUUGUUGACAGUGUUCCUCUUACAAAAACAAGAUGCUAAGUUUGGCUCUUCGUGAAAUCAUUCUAUGACAAAGGACCAUAGAUAAAAGAUCAUGGCAAGUUAUUUAGACUUUAAUUCGUAAGCAAAGGCUUCCAUAUUUUUGAAGUCAUUUCCUUGCUUCUCUCUGUUUAGUAAAUAUUUCAUUGUUUUUGUUAUAAUGAGUGUUUUGUAAAGGGAUCGGCAUUACUUAAUGUUUUCUUUUUCUUUUUUUUUUCCUUUGGGACAGCAUGUUUGAUCUAUGUUCUCAGUUCCUUCCAUUUUAUUUCGAUUGUGUGGUAUCAAGUUUUCUUUCCUCUUUUUGCAUUGUCACUUAGGUAACACAGCUUUAUAAAAACAAUGUCAUGUUCUUUGUGUAAGUGCUGUCAAAAUAGCAUAGCUACUUCAAUGAACAAUUGACAGACUGAUGGAUUGAGCAUGGGAAAUAUUGUUGCAAAGACUCACAAUGAUUUAUAAGAGGAAUUGCACUAAAAAUGGCUGAUUGUCCAAUUUACAUGUAUCUGCAUGACAAGAUAUAGAAGUGCAACUAUAGGUACAACGUUGAGAGGAUUACGGAUUUAUCUAGCGGGUCUUAACCAAUUCAGUGCUAUGUUUGUGAGCUAUGCAUGGUUCAUUCCACUGACAUUGAAGUGGUUAAGUGGUUUUGUAGUUAAUGCAAUUAGAGCUGGUAAUUUAUUACAGUUUUAACAGCAAUAAAAUUGUUACUGUGUUUUUCCAAAGUGUUGUUGAAAAGUCAUCUAUAUUACAUUUGAAUAAAAACAACAAAAUAAACAUAGCUCAGAUGCAUUCAACAGCUUUUAUUUCGAUAUGAUAUUUUAUGUAUUACUUUGUUCAUAAUUUAUAAUGGCAUUUCAUAGAAACAUGGUUGUAUGUGAUUUUAUAUUAAGCAUAGUAACAUGCAGUAAAAGUUGAG